GUCACGGGGAAAGGAGGCGGGCAGGGUUAGUGCUCCUACUCCGCUGGAAGGCGAUGGCGGCGAGCACGGAGACCAUGUCCCCGGACUGGGAGUUUGAUCGCUAUGAUGACGGCUCUCAGAGUAAGCAGGAGCGUGUGUGGGGCCCCUGGGGUGGGAUCAGGUAGUAUGGCUGGGGUUACUGUGUGCUAUAGGUCAUACAGUGACACAUCAUAUACACAGACUGCUGGGACACAUCAUACACACAGAGUGCUGGGACACAUCAUAUACACAGAGUGCUGGGACACAUCAUAUACACAGAGUGCUGGGACACAUCAUAUACACAGAGUGCUGGGACACAUCAUAUACACAGAGUGCUGGGACACAUCAUAUAUACACAGAGUGCUGGGACACAUCAUAUAUACACAGAGUGCUGGGACACAUCAUAUAUACACAGAGUGCUGGGACACAUCAUAUAUACACAGAGUGCUGGGACACAUCAUAUAUACACAGAGUGCUGGGACACAUCAUAUAUACACAGAGUGCUGGGACACAUCAUAUAUACACAGAGUGCUGGGACACAUCAUCAGUGCUGGGACACAUCAUAUACACAGAGUGCUGGGACACAUCAUAUACACAGAGUGCUGGGACACAUCAUAUACACAGAGUGCUGGGACACAUCAUAUACACAGAGUGCUGGGACACAUCAUAUACACACAGUGUGCUGGGACACAUCAUAUACACAGAGUGCUGGGACACAUCAUACACACAGUGUGCUGGGACACAUCAUAUACACACAGUGUGCUGGGACACAUCAUAUGUGCUGGGACACAUCAUAUACACACAGUGUGCUGGGACACAUCAUAUACACACAGUGUGCUGGGACACAUCAUAUACACACAGUGUGCUGGGACACAUCAUAUACACACAGUGUGCCGGGACACAUCAUAUACACAGUGUGUGCCGGGACACAUCAUAUACACAGUGUGUGCCGGGACACAUCAUAUACACAGUGUGUGCCGGGACACAUCAUAUACACAGUGUGUGCCGGGACACAUCAUAUACACAGUGUGUGCCGGGACACAUCACAUACACAGUGUGUGCCGGGACACAUCACAUGCACAUCAGUGUGCCGGGACACAUCACAUGCACAUCAGUGUGCCGGGACACAUCACAUGCACAUCAGUGUGCCGGGACACAUCACAUGCACAUCAGUGUGCCGGGACACAUCACAUGCACAUCAGUGUGCCGGGACACAUCACAUGCACAUCAGUGUGCCGGGACACAUCACAUAGCUGCAAAGAGACUUGUGUCCAUCAAGUUCAGCCUUCCUCCCAUAUGUUUUUGCUGUUGAUACAAAAGAAGGCAAAACACCUAGUCUGUAGCGCUUCCAAUUUUGCAACAAACUAGGACAAAAUUACAAGAAAACUUACAGGAACCAUAGGUUGAAGAGGACCCUGUUCAAACGAGCUUACGGUCUAUAGUAGGUGGUGUAUAAAACACAAUAGGACAGAACAGUUCAACAGAUCUAGUGAAAUAUCAUCAGUUUUUGCACAUCAAUACUACACAUCACAAUUAAUGUGUUGGUUGUAGAACACCGCAGAUAUCAACAUUUCUUGCACCUAUCAUCUAGCAAUAAUUACCUGUGGUACACCUGCAAAUAUAAAUAAUGUAUCUAAUGGUGAUUAUUGUCUUAUAGCUGUAUUCUAGCUAUCCAAUAUCCAAAAAAGAUGUUGCGCUAGAGUAUUACUAUGUGUAUCUAGUAAGUAUAUAUCUCACCAGUAAACCUUCAUAAAAAUCAUCUGAAAAGAUACAUAUAUAGACAAAAUAGUGCAGACCAUCUGAUUUUAAUAUAUUCUUGUAGUGUACACUUAAAUAGAAAAUUGGGAGUUCACACUCACAUUUCCCAGAGCCUAAUGAACCCUAUUCUAGCUAUCUUUAUAAAUAUGCUAGUAUGGCUUUACUGCAUCUGUAAAAAUUAAACUCAUAUUCAAAUUGUGUAACCCUGCAGAUUAUGUUGGCACACAUCUAUAAUCAUGGCACAUCACGACAAACUACCAUCAUCUCAACCUUGUGUCUUGAUACGGUUUGCAAUUUCACACUUAGACAUGUUUUCUUUUCAGAAUUCCUUCUAAUAGCCAAAGAGAGCAGUGAAAUCAAACCAGUUCUGAAAGUGAAACUUUGUUUUCCUCACAUAGUAACUGCUCUCUUCUGUGACCCAAAAUCACGCUGAAUCAAUUUACAUUUCCUGUGUCUUUUUAAAUGGCUGAUUUUCUCAUUAAUUCAAUCUCCAAGUGCAUCAAAGGCAAUGUGUUUGUCGUUCCUCUCGAGCUAUAGUCUACUUUAUCAAAACAAAAAAGUUUUUGUGUUAAAGAUCUUGCUUGCACACAUCUGAUACUGAUGCUUUUUAUUUAACUGGUUGUCCUCAAUCUAAAAAAAUACACUGAUUUCUGAUGUUCAAAGUGUAGGAUUGCAGUGAGAUGUUAGAACAUUGAGGAAAUUAUUUAUUAAACUCUAAAAUCUGCAAUUUGAUUUUCUGCUCACUGCCAUUUGGUGUUUUACUAAAUAAUCAUUUUUGUGUUUUAAAUGGUUAGAAAAGUUUAAUAUCCUGUGUUUGUUAUUAUUACCGGUAUUUAUAAAGGCCCAACAAAUACCGCAGCGCUGUACAAAUGAAAGACAGUACAGUAUACACAAACCAACAAAAUAAGUCUUGAGCGGAUUUGCCGCUAUUAAACUUUUUAUAAGCACAUAACUAGUAUUCAUAAGUAUUAGUCUUUAAUAUACACAAUUAGAAUGAUAAUAUGAAGUUAUUACCGCUGUUUUCAUUAUAGUCUGACUUUAAGCGUGGUUCGCUUAGUUUUGAGAAAGAAAAUGCCGUAAUCAUUUCAAGUUAACGUUCUUUCCUGAAUUCUGAACUAGUUUCAUGUCACUGCAGGUAAACUGAAACUCAACUAGUUUCUCAUCUUGUCUGUUUCUGUAGGAGUAUGUGUUCACUAACCCCAAAAAGAAAGAAACAUUAUCUUUAAAAACAAGGUUAAAUGUGCACAUAUGGCUGUUUUUAACCUGUGUGUAUCGUCACAGGGGAAGAUGUACAUUUGUGUUGGAGACACUGUAAACUCCGUGACCAGUUAGAAGAUUGAAGUAGUUAUUGUGCCUUGUGUGUGGGGCACUGGUUGAGAUUAUUUGACUCUGGCAGCCUGGAGCCCGAAUAUUCUUUCGCCUCCCAUUAUAGUAAUGUGCGCCAGGGAUUGGGACAGUGAUUGGCUGAGAGUUAUCAGGUGACGCUGUCAGGCAAUCACUGCCUCCUACACUUUAUAGAAUGAAGGUGAGCCAAGCUCAACUUCCAUCAUAUUGUCAUGCAGGAUGGGCAGCAAAAUGGAAAUCAGUGCUGCCGUAGUUCAGCCACCAACUGAAGCUGUAUUUUUCUAUCAAACUUCUGUUGCUUCGCAACAUCAUUAAAGAACACCAAAAGCACUCAGACCACGUUAUUUCAAUGUAGUGGUCCUACAAUAUAAAGCAUUGCCAUUUAGUAGAUACAGCAAAGCUUACACUGCAGGGUUAAAUCCUUCCUGACAGCCGCAAGAGGCCCAUCUGCUGUGGGGACUGAGUCAAUCUUGCUUCUCAUAGUUAACCUCCAGUAGCAUCACAGUGCGAUUUACACGUGCACUUUUAGUAUUGGAUUGGACUUUAGCAUGUCCCUCAGGCCAGGGUCAGCGCUCUGCCCCCUCCUCCACCCCGAUACGAGCGGGGUCUUAUACGCGCGCAUUAGACCUUCCCAUCGUAAAGCAUUGAAUUAAUACUUUCCUAUGGGGAAAAAUCUGACGCUGGAGGUCCUCACGCAGAGCGUGAGUGUCAGAUACCGGACCAAAGGUCCAUUUCAAUUCAGGAAGCCCUCUAGUGGCUGUCUGGGAGGCAGACUUAGAGCUGCAAUGUAAACAUUUCAGUUUCUAUGCAACUGCAAUGUGAACAUUGCAGCACUAAGUGCAAAAGGGACACAGCACGCAGACCACUUCAAUUAGCUGAAGUGGUCUGGGUGCCUUCAGUGUUCCUUUAAUCUUGAUUCAGAUUUCAUGAUUUUGUUGAAAUGGAUGGUCUGAUAAAAUCCGGAAACGUUAAUUUAACCCUAAAACUCUUCGGCAAACUUAAGUCCUUUUUAGGUGCUUGGAGUGUUCCUUUUUAAGGAUAUUAGUUUUAUUUCAUGCUCUGAAAAUCAUACGUAAGAUCACGCUCAUUUGAUCAUAUUUAUGAUGUAAGGAGCGUGAAAUGCAAAGCCAACAGAAAAUUAUUGAAAGAUGCGAAGAAUGUUGCUAAUUUUUGUCUUUGACUCAGAUUUCAUAAUGUAAAAUUAACAUUGAUUUUAUAUUUCAUGUACUGAUGUGAACUAGAUUUAUUGCUCAUAAGCAUAUCUACUUGUUUAACUGUCGUUCAAUAAAAAUGUCUUUGGUGAAAAAAAAGUUUUGAGGUUAGUUUUAGGAAAUAUUUUUGCCUUUCACCUUGAUCCAGUUUGCUUUCUGCAGUAGUAGAAUGUGAACGAACAAGGAUGCCCUUAAUACAUUCCUUUAGAAUCAAAGAAUGGCAGGAAUUCUCAGCUUUUUGUAACAUUCACAUGUCAACCUCCACUUUAUUAUCUGAAAAUGUAAUAUUUUAUCUGUUGUGGCACACAAGAUAGAUUGUGGUAUAAAGGGUUACUUUAACCCAUUGUAUACAGUCUUGCUAUUAAGUUUACAGUGCCCUACUGCCAUUAUUCCCCUCCCACCAUCCCCUUAUAGCUCCCUGCUCCAUAUCUCAGUCAUCACGGCUGCCUGCAUGUGGGCCUGUCAAAUGUUUCUCAUAGAGAAGCAUUUGAUUGCACCAUUCUAACGGCUCAGAGCGUGAGGGCCAUCUGAGCUGAGGAGGAAAUUAAAAAAAAUUAAAUAACAUGUUUCUAUCAGUGAGGGGAUGGAGUGUUUGAAGGGAGGGAAGAUCAAGGCUUACCCUUGCAGGCAGCGCUCUGUGCUAGAAGCUUAUGUGUGUUACACGUGCUCUAACAAGUUUGAUUUAAAAAUUUUUGCACAGAGUUCCUCCUUACUGCCUUAGUCACGUUCCUCGGCUCAACUACCCCCCACCCCACAAAUCUUGUCUCUGUAUGCACCAUGUUUUAAGCAGAAACGCUGCACAUACAUACUCCUACCACCGUAACCACUUUUUUAAAAGCAGUAGUUGGACUGUGCUAAGCUCAAUCAGAGUCAGACUUCUGAGGUGUGUGUGUGUAUAAUUUUUUUUUGUUUUGUUUUGUUAUUUUUGAAGUAUGUUAUUGUUACUUGAACACAUUUCAAAGCAGGAACUACUUGAUCACUUCAGGAAAAUGUUAUUGAGAAAUGCUGUUAUUCAAUGUAAAAUUUAUAAACUUCCUCGUGGUGUGUGUGUGUGUUUUGUUUUUUUUUUGUUUGUUUUUUUAUUUGGGGUUGGGGAAUGGUGUUAAAGUACACCCCCACACCCCAAAGCUUGAUUUUUGACUUCACAAAAUGUUGAUGUUCCCAGAUUUCAAAACACUAUGUUAAAUAUGAUAAUUUUUAUGAUUCUGUGUACAACCCAGCAUUUGGUAUAAAACUAGAACCUGUGUGGGCAGGCCUGAAGGUGGAGAGGGGAAAGACUCGCCCAAAAAGGGGACAUACCAGCCUAACCUAAAUGCACUCAACAAAUCAAAGUUUGGUGAAUGAGCAUAUUAAUUUCUAGAUGGCAAAAUAUCUAACUUUCCGUUUGUCCAGCAAUACAAAUUAUAGGGAACGAUGGGUACUCUGUUAAGUGACAUGCUAGUAAAUUUAAAGAGGCACUAAAUAUUUAUUUUCUUUCACAAUGAAGCAUGUGUGCUGCCCAGGCUAUUCGCAGUCACUUAUUGCUGCCAUUGGUGAAUAACUUGUAUUCUCUCUUAUUAUUCUCUAUCUCUUUCAUACAGAACCAAUGCUUUUACUAAAAGUAGUAAUUUGAGAAUAUGUCCGAAAGGCUCUGCUUUGACAGCUGCAGCUGAUUUGCUGCAAGUGCUUGAAGCUAUAUGUAUUGUGCCUGCAGCCUGUUCUCCUGUCAGUAUAAGACUUAUUGUUGGUGCAAAGAUCCAACCUAACUGCAUUGUGUUAUUAGGGAUCAAACCAUAUGACUCUUUUAGGGCCAAUACCUAUAAUUUGUUGCCUUUCAAGCCGAGUGCUGAUUACUUGUACCAAUAUUCUGUACAAAUAUACGAUUUAACUGUUUAAUAUUUUCUAUUUAUUUUUUGUAAAUCUAUCUUUUCUUGUAAGGUAAAUUUACAUGCCAGUCAGCUUAUAUUUUUUUUAUUUUUUUUAUAAUUUAUUGUAUUUAAUGUAUUUUAAGAAUUUUAGUUUUAUUCUCUUCUCCCUGUCUUUUACCUUUGUCUUUGUGGAGGCUGCCAGGGGGUUUCAGCACCCCCUGGUCGGGCCUGGCACAUGCUAUCUUCUCUUUCCUGCAGGUCCUUUUUCCAACUCUCGAGAGAGUGAGGAGCUGAAGAUAGAGUGCUGGGCUUCGGCCACCAGCCGUAUUAUCGCCAAUAUUCAUAUUACUGAAUAUUGGCCAGACCGAUAAUCAGUCAAUUUUCUAGUUUUUAUGGGUUUACUCUUCGAGAAGCUAGGUGUGUGUGUGUGUGUAUGUAUAUAUACUUUUACAGCAAAUAUACUUUUUUAAUUUUUUUUUUAUUUUUUUUUUAUUGGUAUGCAUAAUAAGGUUCUUGGCUUCUCAAUUAAAAGGGGGGGGGGGGAAAUACCCAACCUUUUCAUUAAUGAGAUAGCUGAUAAAAAAUAUUGCCAUAAUAUGGAACCUUAGAGCUGCUGUCGUCUUUGGCAGAUUUUGUAAUAAUAUUGCUUAUUAGUUAUCCUGAACUUAAUUGAAAGCGAGAGAAAUCUUAAUGUAUCCAUCCUGUUAAAAUAUCUUUAAAUACAUGAAGUAACUGCUAUUUCCUUACAUUGUAGAGCAUUGCAAUCUCAGUUCCAGUGACUUUUGGCUUGUUUUCACACCACCAUGUAGUUCACAUAUUAACCCCUUUGCUUAAGCUCUUAGCUGAACACUUGCUAUUUGCUUUUCAAAUACUUUUUUUUAUUAAGGUAUUAAAAAAAAAAAAAAAAAUUACAAACCAGUUCUAACACAUAAAUGUAACAAUUAACAGGGAUAAGAAAGAAAUAGGAAUAAAAGAAGGGAUGGGUUUUAUAAUAUUGUACACAUAAACUUGUCCUUUUCUAAACAAUUUUUUACAUUGGGUUAAAUCACGUCAGACACUUUAUACAUGUAUGCUUACGAUUAGUUAAGUUUGAUCAUAUAUCAAAUAUAAUUUGCUAAAAUAAAAAUUAUUACACAUUAUAUUUUUAAGUUUUUAUCCCCUAGAAUCCCAUACUUGUCCUAAUGUUGUAUAUAUUGCAGACAAUUGCAUCAAGACUAGAUCAUAUCCCUUGUUUUCAGUAACUAAUGAUCUAUCUUUUUUUUUUUUUUUGGUAUCGUGGGAGAUAUCUAAUAUCUUGGCAUAAUAGAGAUCGCAGCUAUCAAUAUAUGAGUGACAACUAUUUUCUGAGGCCUACUCGUUGUCGUAGGAGCUAGUUUAAAGGACCACCAUAGGCACCCAGACCACUUCAGCUCAAUGAAGUGGACUGGGUGCCAGGUCCCCCUUGUUUUAACCCUGCAGCUGAAAAUCUAGCAUUUUCAGAGAAACUGCUAUGUUUUCAUUGAGGGUUAAUCCAGACUCUUGUGCAGGGGUCCUCAAACUGUGGCCCUCCAGAUGUUGCUGAACUUCAAUUCCCAUGAUUCUCUGGCCAUCUAUGUAAUAGUUCAGCAAUAUCUGGGGGCUGGAGUUUGAGGACCCCUGCGUCUAGUGGCUGUCUCCCUGACAGGCACUAGAGGCCGCUUCCGCGAUUCUAAGUGUGAAAAUCACACUGAGAUUACGCCGACGUCCAUAGGAAAGCAUUGAGUAAUGCUUUCCUAUGGGCGUUUUGAAUGCGCAUGCGGCUCUAGCCUUGAAUGCGCAUGCGGCGAUGUCGUCAGCAAGGUGUGAGGAGAGGUCACCAGCGCAGAGGAAACCCAUUCAGCCCAGCGGGAGAGGGGCCACUAGGGUAGGGGGUGGACCUAAUAACCCUUUAGUGUCAGGAAAAUGAGUUUGUUUCCUGGCACUAUAGUGGUCCUUCAAGUAAAAACAGGGGAAAAAGUCACAAUAUCAGGAUCAACAAUUUGAAUUAAAUAUUUCCAAAAUAUUUAAAAUUUUGCUCAAUUACACCAGAUAUGUGACAUUCCUCAAUCUGUCAGAUGUCUCUGGGAACAUCUUUUGAACCCUAGUCGGUACCAGAUACCACCUGUAUAAUAAUUUAAAGUGGUUUGUACCUUCUGUGAACACUUGCUAUUUUCUAACCAAUCCUGAUUUCCUUUGCAGAGAUUCAUGCAGAGGUUCAGCUAAAAAACUAUGGAAAGUUUCUUGAAGAGUAUACCUCUCAGCUUCGGCGCAUUGAAAACGCUCUGGAUGAUUCUAUAGGGGAUGUGUGGGAUUUCAAUCUGGAUCCAAUAGCCUUAAAGGUUUGAUACUUUGAAAUAAUAUAAAAUGCAGAUUAAUAAAAAUUUUCCAUUUAAAAAAUAAAUAAAUAAUGGAAUGUUUGCCUACAUGAUAAUAUUCUACUAGAUACAUUAUUGUAGAAUAUGUUCCUGAAGUGUCCCUUUUAACUUGGAAGCGAUUAUAAAAGUUCUGAAAUGCAUUAAUCAAUUAUGACAUAAAGUUGGAUACAAUUUAUGUGGUGAAAGUUAGCAAUGUGAAUUAAAGGUUUAUUAAAGUAUUUAAUCACUAAACUGUGAAUGGUAUUUGAAAAAUCUAAAUAAAAAAAUAUAUUUGUGGCAAUUUGUACAGAAAAUGUUUGAUGAUUUUUUUUUUUUUUUUAAACCCCUCCCUUCCCCCCUUGCAAAAUUGCACACCCACUUGCAAAUGAGCACUGGAUUAUGUUGCUAAAGAGAAAAUAUAUACAAGAUCCUAUGAGCCCAAUUUUAACCACUUAUUGUUUAAGGUAGUAGAAAGAGUUCCUCUUUUUUAAUAGGGCUCUUUAUCUUUCAAGCGUGGUAUAGAGAGACUGGCACCUCUCUUCCUAUUUUACUUCAUGACUAUACACCCUGGUUUGGUAGGAGUGGACUUCAUUUUUCUCCUCAUGUGUCGUGGAUAUGGAAGGGAAACAGAGUAUGAGAUCCCUGGUUUAAAGCGACACUGUCACAGACUACUUUUGUCUCAGUAUUUUCCCCACACCUGACACUUCUCGACACUGGAUGGAACUAUCGUCCUCUAGUCUAGAAUUGUCAAUCUCUCACCUAUUACCAGUGAUGACUGCAGAGAUAAUAGUUGUAUCCAUGGAUGAUUCUCGUCCAGAGAUUACAGCAGAAGAGGAACGGCCGGAAGAAGGUGGCGGAGCCUGUGAGGGGCAAGCUCAGGUAAGUAUAUUUCACCUUUCGCUGCCCAACCUGGUCAUUGCUAAUUAUGCAAAGUCCCAAGACUGAGACAGUGCCGCUUUAAUCUGAUAGAUGGAAAUAUAUAUGCAGAAGGGGCAUUGUUGAAGUCCAAAUUUUAGAACUUGUGCCGAAGUCAGCAUCCCUGCUCCAGGAAAUUUAAAAUAAUCAAUAACGGAAAAUAAGACUUCAUCACUCUGUAAUAGUCGUUGCAGUGUGGGUUUAGUCUGUCGUCAAAUAGACAGCGCAAUGUAUAAUGCACUUUAUUAUGACCUGAUAAAUAUUGAGAGCAAAGACACACGGUGUUGAAAUGCAGCCUGCCGUUUUGAUGGCUGAAAAAAACCACACAGUGCCCCUGAUAUUACCGAGUGCUGGAGUCUAGUUUUUUCUUUAUUAAUGGAAAGGAAAUGUAAGGGACAGCGUCAUUUUAAUAGAUGCAUUGGCUAUAGGGAAAUAAAAGAUUGCAGCUGAGCUACAUUGCUGUGAGGUAACCAUUCUAACAGGUACACACCUGAUGCCUUUUAUUUUAGCCUUGUUAAUAAAGUAAUCCUGGAACUGGCAUAAUACACACUCCUUGUAGAUUCCACAGAAUUAAGAUUGGAAUAGUAUUGUAGAAUGUGUUUCCUCAUUUCCUGAAUGGAUAAAUCUUUACAACUAUAACGAGUGCCGUGAGCAAUGUUCUGUGUCUGACCCCAGAAUGCCUGUGCUAAUUACUUACUUCACUAACUGACUAUGAUGACUUUGCAGAACUGUAUUUGUUCAGUUUCCUGAGAUAAACCCAAUGCCAGAAAGCUUUCUUUUGUUUCUCUUGAGGGGAAAAAAGCAAAACAAAAAACCUUUUAAAAAGACUGAUAAGAUAAUUCAUAAUUUUACUGUCAUGAGUUCACAUAUUUUUAGUUGACUUAUUCUGCAUUAAUAACAGUGCUAUACAACUGUGGAUUUUCCUAUCAGCACCCAGAAUUCCUGUAGUAAAACAGCUGACAAAGGGAAACUACGGGCCCUAUUCUUUAGUGUUUAAAAUAAAAUGGACGCCAGCAGCAUUUUCAUAUAAAUCACGGUUUAGUGGGCUUGCCUGCAGCGGAAAGCACUCCCGUUUCUAACAUAGAAGAGAUGUGCGGGGUCUAUUCUGGAGACCACCUCCUCCUCAGCCACUUGUAUAAUGUGAAAAUAAAACUACUCGAUUGUAGUAGUCAUGUUGCAUACCCUGUUCCUUUAAAUCUUACUCAAUUAAAACUGACAUGAGUGCUAUUAGUGUAUUCACAGCAAAAUAAAUUUUUUUAUUACAAUCCUGUUUGAUAUUGUAACUCAUCAGUGGGAAGUCACUAUCCUAAAAGACUUGAAAAUAAAUAAUAAUAAAUCACAAGGGGCUUGUUUCAAAAAUGAUAGUGACAUUUUAAUUGUAGGGGUGGGGCUGCUCAGAGUAAUUUUAGAUGACUUACUAAUUAUGUUUUAGUUUCAUUAAUAAAUUAGAUCAAGAGCAGUGGAUCUUAUUUACACAGACUGAUUUCUACACACUUAUUGCAGUUUAAAGACAUUACUGUUUGUUCUAUUGCUGUGGAGCUCUGUUAUACACUGAGACCAACAAUAUUGAGCUCCUAAAAAAAAGAGGGACUGUGAGAUUUAGUCCCAAAAUAGACUGUUCCUACUACAUAGGGGCAGAAGGGGGUUAUGCAGUCUGAUCCAUUGAUUCACCCUUGAGGUAGUUAAUCAAAAAAUAUUUUUUUUAAAUCACAGACCUAAAUUUCUAGGGGCCAUACCCAUAGGACACAACACCUAUAACUUGCACUGCACUUACAUGACUGGGCGAUUCAGAUCUACUUUUUGUGGUAAUACUCUGAUUUCCUGUAAACACCAUUUUUUUUUCUGUAAUGCUGUAAAAAUUACUUAAUCUUUACAUUGAGACAGACUUCCUGUUUUUAAAGAAAACAAACCUGUAGCUCUAAUGGACUGUAUUUUACAGUUAGGACCAAAAUUUUAAGUUUCAGAAAACAUCCUAGAUGCCUCAUGACUUCCCUUCUGACAUUCUGUGUGCUCCAUGUGAUGCAGAUCAGGCUUAUUUAUGGGUCUCCUGAGUGUGAACUGUCUCUUUAAUAGAUGGAAUAUUGAGAAUGUGCUAUUCCUUUUUCUACAUUAAAGGUAGAAAACACUCCACCCAACAUUUUUUUUUUUUUUUGGAUUGAGUGAAAUAAAAAAAUAAAUAAAAAAUUCUUUAUUUUUGAAUGACAAAAAUAACUUAUGGUAUACACAGGUCACUAUGAGUUACAUAACUAUAGUGAUAUAGAUAAGACAAUGGACAGAGAAAAUACAAUAGCACGAAUGUCACAACGGUCGUCAACAUAGUGGGUUUUCCAACAAAAAGUUUUAUUUCAAUAUUGAAAUACAAAUGAAAUAAGCUAGUGGAAGCUCAUGGAAUAACGCAAUAGCUUAUGAACACUUUUUUUUGAAGAUUUGUAUCUCUCUAUGACAAGAUAGUUGGAUGUUAACUACUAGUUUUGAGUGAAGUAGUUUAUAGAGACCUCCGAUGGGGGAGCCUAUGAACUCUACUGUAUUCAUUCCGGGUGUGGGGAAAAAAACAGGAUGAGAGAAAAGUGGAAAAUAGACAGACAAAAGAAACCAGAAGGGUCAUAGCAGUGACUUUGUGAGGGCUGUCCAAAAGUAGGAGGGGGGGAUGGAGGGAUAAGAGACAGAGGGGGAGAGGGUGCAGACACCACUCUCAUGCUGUUCCCAUACAGGCCCUCCGACAGUGAGAACUACCCAACGUACUGGUGUCCGGUCAGUCUGCAAGAUCACCAGUUACCCAUGAAUCACAAAUUUUAUCAAAUUUCGUUAGUGUUCCUCUAACUCUAGCAGUCAUAUUCUCCAUAAGACAGGUGUCUUUAAUUUUAGCUACGACUACCGGGAUAAGGGCGACAUCUGGUUUGAGCCACGAUUGGGCCAAAGCUCUCCUGGCAUCUAAAGUGACCUUAUGAAUUCAUUUUUGUUCGUGUCUGGUCCAACCUUCCAUUGAUCCAUUAAGCAAAUCUACCCACUGGUUCAAAUCUUGAGCUCAUUGAAAGAUCUGUACAAAUAUGUCCCUGAUAGCCUUCCAGUAAAUUUGUGCUUGGAGGCAGUCCCACCACAUAAUGAUGUUCGAGCCUCUAAGGCUGCAUCCUCUCCAGUAUAUGUCUGUUGGUAUUUUUAAUUUUUUUAUUUUUUUUUAUUCUAUAGUUUUACCAGGGUCAUGUACGAUCUAGACAUCGUUUUAAGUGGUUGUUUCUGUAUGGAUACUCCUAUAGAGGUGGCACUGUUCACUUCCCAUGACUCUUGCCACUCAAUGCCUUCCAGCCCUUUUCCUAAAUCUUUUUCCCAUUGUUUCCAUGCAUCAUUAACCAUUCAUUAGGAAAUUGCACUAAAGACAUCACCAUUAUUAUGGGAUUCUAAAACCUGGCAUGCCAGGCAGCUCGUGUGUGUGUGUAUGUAGAGCAGGGAUUUCAAACUCUGCCACCACCACCCCACUCCCCCAAUGUCGAUGGCUUACAAAUCUCAUCAUUAUUUUAAAUGCAAUAGAUGGACAGAGAAUCAUGUAGUUCAGCUAUUUUGGGUGGUGGGGGGGGGGUGAUGAUUGGAAAGGCCUGGCAUAGAUGGCAAUAGAAUGAUACAGUUUUUAACAUAACCAGCUUAUGUUUUUUGUUUUUUUCCAUUCUCAAAAAUGAAAAAUAAACCAUAUUCUUUUAAAAAAAUCUUAUUUUUGUAUAGACUUUUUUUGUGAAUAAACGUGUUUUAUGUCCAUGUUUUAUUUUAGCUUGUGCCCUAUGAACAAUCUAGCCUUCUGGAGCUCAUACGAACGGAAAACAAGGUAAUGUCCUGAAGCGUCCAUCUUUUCAUAUGCUAAUAGUGUUCGGUACAGUAAACAUUGUGAGUACCACCAGAUGAAUAACGUCAUUCCAUAGGAAUGAUGGACUGAUAGAAUAUAUGGUAAUCAAGACAAAAUCUUAAUAAAGUGACUUAAUCUACCAAUUUUAGCAAUAUAACAGUUUAAGAAAUUUUGGAAAUGAUUACAUGAUGGUAUUUUCGCUACCGGACAGUCAUCACUGCUGUUUACUCAGCAAUGUGAAGUGUAUUUUGUUGUAUAAAUAAUAGUGCACACUCAGGAAAUGGUUCCUGCCAUCUGUUAAUUGUUGUGCUUUCCUUAGUGCAUGGUUUCUACCCAAAAUACACGUUAAGUCAUGUUUUGGACGUGAUUCAGCCUUGCUCUUUUCCCCUUUCAGGUUUUGAAUAAAGUCAUCACUGUGUACGCAGCCUUGUGUUGUGAGAUCAAGAAGUUGAAGUAUGAGGUGAGCUUUUUAUAAUCAUAUCUGGAUUCUAGAUUCAAUGAUUUGUUUUUCUCUAAGGUUGUAUCCCUUAUAUUCAAAUGUGAAUUGUUGGCAUUUAAAGUGAUGGGGACAAAGUUCAUACAAGGCAACCCAAAGCUAACUUUUCUUGGUGGACUAUCUUAUAGCUCCCCUUCCCCUUCUUCAUAAGAAGUAAAGGUCAUGCACAAAUGACAGUGGGCGCUCGGAAUCGUAAGCACUGAGAAGUGCUUAACCUUACCAUUUAAAGGGCAGUAAAUGGUUCUUCUGAAGUGGUCUUAACUCUAAGCCCCACUGUAUAUGCUUAUUUCCCAUUGUAAUAAAUGUCUUUCUCAUGUUUAAUUUUAUGUCUUGUUUCAGGCUGAAACAAAGUUCUAUAAUGGCCUUUUAUUCUACGGAGAAGGUGGUAAGUGCCAGUAAUACACUGAUCAUUAUUCAAUAAUCUUGCUAAUGUUCGGUCUAGUGGAAGGAGUCUUGAAGAUGUAAAAAAAACUGUAACACUGAUUAGUAUUUAAAAAUUCUCCCAUUGGAAGCCAAUGACAGGCUAAGCGUGUCAGGUGAUGCUCUCAGCCAGUCAGCAGCAGCCUGGGUAAAAUUUACUCAUACCAUGGAGGCAGAGAGAAAGGAAGUGAAGAAGUCCCGAGAAAGUGAAACAGUAUCUCGCAAAACCUGUAGACAAAUGUGGAAGCAUUUACUGGAAGAAGAUUACCCAGUGAGAUUUAUUGGUGCAGUGAACCCCUGAAUUAACCAUGGCGUGGCAGAAAUGCGGGUAGAAAAGUACUCUGCCCGGCAUGAUUGUUUGUGAGUGCAUUUUAUGUUUGAAUACAUUUUUCAUGUAAUUAGAGGUAAUUCACUAUUGGAGGCUCUUCUGUGUGCGCCUACCUUGUAGUGUGAGGGGACAGUGCUUAAACCAAUGAAAGUAAGACGAACAUUCAUGUCCCCAUAUCGCCUAAAAUCAACUUAAACUUGUUAACUCCGUUCUGGGUGAGGAAGUGUCAUAUAUUGGAUGUCAGGAAGACGGCCACUAGAACUCUAAGUCCUGCAAUUAAAAUCUCUCAUAACUCCAAAACUGCAGUGUUUAACAUGGAGGCACAAAACUCCAGGGGACGCUUGGUUGUUGCAUCCCAUGGGGCCUAUAAAUAUGUACACGUACAUGUAUACACAUCUUUUACUCCUUUACAAACAGACAUAAUCAAUGUCACACUCCCUUACACACAGCUGCACUCACAAAUAUUAUAUGCGGUUUCCCAUGAUUUAGAAUAUGGCUGUGCUCUCAAUGGUGGCUGAUUCCCUGCGCUGUGUGCCUAAGCCAACCCCAUCACAGAAAUUCUGGAAAGUAAUCGGAGAAUGUUGGAACAGAGAGUGGUGCAGAGAAUCACUGCUCCUCAACUAAAUGGUCUGUCUCCACAGCUACCACAAAUUUGAGCAAGAUUGUGACCCUAUAGUAGACCAGGCCUCCAGCCAUCCAGAAGAGAGAGAUGUCACGGACUUGGGCAAACCUCUCUAAUCUGAGAUAGAUGACCCUGUGAUGCAUUAAAGUGACUAGCGGGUUGCAAAAGGCUCCCAGUCCUGUACUUUCAGACAAUGGCUUCAAGUCCAUUGUAAUAAAACUGUGCAUAUAAAUGGGCAAUAGUUUUGAUACUUGUUAUUGAUAGUUUCCAUUUUGACUUGCCAGUAGGUUAGAUUCUCUUUAAAAUGAGUCAAAUUUCUCAUCUGUAUCUUGUUUAGCUGUGCAUUUUCCAACACACCCACCAUAUUCAAAAUGUAAUUUUGGUUUGAUUUGUCUGCAGCUGCUGAGUCCAGCAUGGUGGAAGGAGAUUCCCAAAUCCAAAUGGGAAGAUUUUUUUCAUUCUUACAGGUAAACCUGUGACAAAUAGGUGUUUUUUUUUUUUUUUUUAAUACAUUUUUAUUUUUUACAACGCUGUUCGUUUACUCUUUAAUCCCUUCUUUUCUCUGCCUCACAAUGCCUGUCCUUUUCAUAUGCUCAGCCAUAACUAGUUACUAGGAAUAUAUUGACUUGGAGCCACGAGGGACCGAGUGGAAGGCUUUUAGAAUACUGUGAGUCAUACGACCAUCUGGCACUAGACGUGUGUUCUUACACUACAUCUGUGUCCCUGUAGGUUCUGUUGACUACAGACUGUGUGUUUAAUAUUGCAGCUGUGAAUUCUGACAUUCGGGAGUAUAUUUCUUAAAAGGGCAUUCCAAGCAUAAUACUUUAUAUUCCUUGUACAGGUUAUGGUGCAGUAUGUUCUGUGUCCUCAUAAUCCAUGGGGGGGGAAAACACAAAUAAAUCUAUUCAGCAUCGAAUAGUAGUCAUGCUGUGACUUGUUACCUUGUCCAGUAAUUGUGUCUUUUAAUCUAUUAUUGGCAUUGAAGAGUUGCAGAUGUAUCAUAAUGCAGCUAGGAAAGCUCAUAAUUCCAUUGUUUUAUUAAUGAACAUUUUAUUUUAUUUUUUUCAGGAACUUUCCUGUUUUGUUAACCGGUGUUAUGAAGUAGUAAUGAAUGUCGUCCAUCAAUUGGCAGCCUUAUAUACUGGCAGCAGGUAACUCAAGCACCUAAAGAAAUACUCUGGGCACCAUAACAACAUCAUCUCAUUGAAGUUGUUAUGGUGCCGGGAAGUCCUGGAUGCCAUCUUACCUUUUGAAGGGUUAAACGCUCUAUGAAUGGUUUAAGCCCAAGUUGUGAGAGUGGGCCCGCUCACUCUGACCCCUCGUUUCGAACGAUAUACCAGGCUUAAAUGAGACAGCCAAGGAGAAGAGAGGACAGGCCACCAUUGUUGGGCUUAAUUUACUUCUUCGUUACCAAAAAGGAGUGUGUGACGUGAGAAAAUGUGUGGCUAGCUAAGUACCCACUCCUCACUUGUCAGCAACUCCCUUCCUUUGCAUCUCACAUCACUUCACCUCCGAUUAGCCCUUAUCCACGUCACUAGCUCGUUCUUUCACUAUUUCACACACGUUCAGUAAUGGUAUUACAGCUACCUAAAUGUAUUCUUCUAGGAAAUCAAGAUGGCUGCUCCUAGUUGCCCUGAUUUCUUUAUGAACGUAAAAAAGGCUAUUGCAUGGUGAAUAAGAGCAUGUGCAUAUAUUUUGUACUUUUUACGUUUGUACAUUUUGUGUUUGUACAUUUUUAAAUAAAAAAAUGGCUUGACUGCUUUAUUUGUGUAUUCCACUGUAGUUUAUUUUAUUCAUUUUUUCAUUCAAAAUAUCUGAUGAUAAUAUGCAGUUGUAUAUGUGUGUAUGUAUAUAUAUGUGUGUGUGUGUGUGUGUGUGUAUAUAUGUGUGUAUAUAUAUAUAUAUAUAUAUAUAUAUAUAUAUAUAUAUAUAUAUAUAUAUAUAUAUAUAAAAAAAAUUAUUUCUUUGCAGAAAUGAACCAAAGAUGAUCGAGACCACUGGAGUUCACUUUCUGGUAGGUAAAUAAGACUGAUUUCAGUGGAUAUGUUUACGUAUUUUGACACAGCUAAAGAUACAGAUAUCUAUAAAGAUGGAUAAUUAAAUACUAUAUAUAGAUAUUGUGUAUAAAUAAAGUGUGGUGCUUAUACUAAAACACCAAUUUUAAUUCACAUGAAAACAUUUCUAAAAUGGCUCGAUUGCUAAAAAUGCAUGUUAUAGUUUAACCCCUCUGCUGCCAAAGCGGUAACUCCACCUCCAACAGCGUCAUUGGGGUGUCAUCUACCAGCCCGGAUCUAGUCUUACAGAUUGCUAGCGUUGAUUCUGUCCAACUUUUAUUGCACAGAAUGUCAGUCAUUGGCUUAGCGCAUUCUGCUGACUUUUUAAGGCAAUGAUUGUAGAAGGAUGUAUAAGCAGGAGGUUUGCCAACAAACUACUAGAGAGCUUCAAAGCCCGUCAGUGACCCAGGCAAGGAGGCAUGCCGUUAGUAGACUGUGUGCCCCAUUACUGGAGAACCGGGUUAGGAUACUCUUUGCAUCAUAACCACUACAGCGUGCUGUGUUGGUUAUGAUUGGAGUAACACUUUAGAUCACUUGGUGACAUGCGUACGGACCUGUGCAGAUGUUUGUAAAUGCCCAGAAGAAUGGGAGGAAUAUCCAAAUAUUAAUGCACUUAUACUGUGUUAUGUAGUUUUAAUAUCCUUACAAUAAAAUAUUGAUCCUUAUACCGUACUAUUUCCCAGUAAAUGUAAUGCUGGGGUUUGGUUUUUUGGGGGUUUUUUUUCAGCCUAUGUAUGAACACCUGGGCGAACUCUUGACUGUCUUGUUAACUCUGGAUGAAAUUAUUGAAAAUCACGCCACACUGAAGGAUCACUGGACCAUGUAUAAAAGGUAGGAUUGAGGCAGAUUCUAGCAUAGUAAUUCAUUAAAGGGAGAAUUGUCAGAAAUGCAAAUUUAAUUUUAAAUUAUAGACCAAAAUAGCUGAACUGAAAGCACAGCUGGCUUGGAGAUGUUUUACCAAUUCAUUUUUAUUUGCUUUGCACUUGACAUUGUCUUUGGAUUCCGACCAUUCUCCUUUUAGUAAAUAACCCAUUAUAUGUUGUAGCAUAAAGUGCAAAUCUGGGCUAACCUUUUAAAAAUUGAGCUAAUGUGAAUGAAUGCAUAAUUAUGUCCAAAUAGAAAAGGCAAAUGAGGUAAAAUAGCAUUUGAGCUAGUAGUUUAGUGAUGCUCCAGGAGUCUCGCUCCUCCACUAAAAAAAGUGUAUGACCUACAAACUCUGCUGCAGAAUUCUACUACAAAAGAUGCCUUAAGGGCCAAACAAAUUUAAAUUUUGUAGCUAAAACCUCUAGCAGUAGCCAUGUAUGCUGGAAUGAAGUUAUUCUGAAUACAAUGGAUAAAAGCAUAUCUUUUAUUCAUGAUAUUUGUUAUUCCCUUUAUCCCAUUUAUGGAGACCGUAAAAGAAACAUGCGUUUGAUUGCUUUGUGUUGUGUACAUUGUAUUUGCUUCCCCCAUCUUUUCAUCAUUUUAUUUUUUUUUUUUUAAAUAGGUUGCUGAAAUCAGUCCAUCAUAACCCUGUCAAAUUUGGCAUACAGGAAGAUAAACUGAAGCCGUUCGAGAAACUUCUGUUAAAGCUUGAGAGCCACUUGCUUGAUGGCAUGCUAUUUCAGGUACCUAUAAACUGACAAUACAAUCUUUAAUGACACCAAGUAAUAGAAACUGAAAUAAUGCUCAAGUCUAGUGAGUUCAGCCAUUCACACGUCUGUUUCUGCUGUUGAAGCAAGCCCAAAAAAAUCCCUUUUCAAACAAUUUCCAAAUUUGCCACAAAAUGGGUAAAAUAAAAUCCUUCUUGACUCCAAAAUAGCAGUCCGAUUUCUUCUUGGAUCAACAAGCAGUUACCCCACAUAUUGUUUUAAUAUUUAAUAUUUUACUACUAAUUUUGUAGACAAAAUAUCCAAUUCCAAAUAGGUGACCAUGUCUUUUGUACUGGCCCGGUAUAUGUGUUAUCCCCUAAGAGGUGCCUUUUUAACUAAUGUCUUUUCUAACUAUUGCAAUGUUUUUAAGCCUUUCUUCUUAAAAUCUUACACCCGCGUGAAACGUUUAUCGGAAUUCUCAGCACUUUUUCCAGCUCCGUUUUUUUAUUUUUUUUUUUUAAACUGGUGAUUCUUGAGAACAUCCGAAAAGGCUUCCCUCCCCCCCCUUUUAAUUACAGGAGUGCAAAUGUUUAGUGCAGCACUGUGAACCGUUAUACUUUUUUAUACUUAUUGUAUUUCCAUUAAUGUUGGUCUUUCUGAACAAAUAAAAACAACAUUUAGUGCUGCAAACCUUUUAUAACGAAUAGUGCAUUUAAUUACAGGGAUGUGUUGAGCAGCAGUUUGACUCUACAAAUGGAGGAGUUUCUGUGUCAAAGAAUGGAACUUUUGCAGAAGAGUUUGCACACAAUAUCCGAACAAUAUUCUCAAAUGUAGAACUUAAACUUGGUAAGUCCUGCAUUCUAAUAAAUCGAUUAGAGAGUCAGUGGUUUGUUCAUUCGUUUAAUGUGGUGUGUUUUAUGUCUCUAAAGGGGAAGCUUCUGAAAUGGAGCAGCGCGAGCGAUAUGUAGGGCUAUGUGGUCUUUAUGUUCUUUACUUCCAAAUCUUUCGCACUGUGGACAAGAAAUUUUACAAAUCUCUCCUGGAUGUCUGCAAAAAGGUAUAAUCCUUGUUAUAUGUGGCGUGUUGAUUAUUCUUAUUUGUUACUUGUAUGUGUAUUAAACCCUUUAAAGACCCCAUAAUAUUCCAUGCCGGGGCAAUCAUAUACUAAUGAGGUCUUAGUAUGCUGCGCUGCUUUAAUACCAGCAUAGCUAGUAGUAGAACCAGAUUUAUGAAAGUAUUCUAUUCAAAGAAAGUGGAGCACAAAAUGUAAAAGAGCCAGUUUAUGGGAUAGAGCUAAAUAAAAAGGUGGGUUUUCUACAUUUAAGUUUCACACCUCACACAAGUAUAUAAUAAAUGUAUGGGAUAAGUGUGCAUAAUAUUAACAAUCCUUGGAAUUCACAGUUGCCCUUAUAGACUGAUUAUAACCCCCUCAUCCCCGUUAUCUAAAAAGGUUAUUUACUAAAUUGAGAUUUAUUUAUUUUUUAAGUGAAUUCAAAUCGAAUUUAAAAUGUAAGCCAGAGUAGCUGAAUGGAAAGCAUGCUGGAAUUUUUAGAAUUUGCUUAUUUUGACAAUCAUUUUUGAAUUCACCCUGAAUUCUCACUUUAGUGAAUAACCCUGUGAGAUUCUAUGUAGCGUAUAUUUUUGUGUAUUUGCAUUUGGCUCAUCGUCACCCGUUAGCUGUGAAAGGAUCAUGUAGUGAUGCCCACUUACAUCCUUUUAAGGUACCAGCAAUCACUUUGACAGCCAAUGUAAUUUGGUAUGCGGAUAGUUUCCUGAUACAGAAGGUUCCAGCUGCCGCCAAACAAUUGGACCGGAAGAGCUUACAUUCUAUUAAAGCUCAAAGGGAAAGCUAUCUACAAACAAGGGCUCAAUCCUUAGCCAAGUAAGUGCAAGUGCAAUCUCUGCCCUCUGAAGAAUGAAAUGGUAUUUUAAGUACCACAGCCUCUGCAGUCUUCUGUAGUGGUUAUAGUGCCAACAUGGCCGUCAUGUGUUUUAAACGGUUUUCAAGCAGUUUGACACAACCCGAGAGUCCUCGUGGGGAGCACACGUCCUGGGCCCUAUGUUUGCAUAUUGCAAAUGAGGAAUGACACUUCCACAAUACCAGUAUCCAUUUUAUCCAAAUUUAAAUAAUUCAGACUUUAUUGUGUCCAUUAACGCAGUCUGUCUCAGAAAUGUUAGAUUUGGUUUACUUAACUCUGCGGAUAGACCAUCCCCAUGCAGUCCCCUUUUUUGUUACAAGUGAGUUAAUACUUUUUAAAGAUAUUCCCAAGUGAAUUUUUCUCCUAGGGAAAGCUCUUAAGCAUUCAAUUUUCUGUGAAUGUCUUUUACAGACAGUGCCUUAUUUGCAAAUGCCUACAUGGCCACACUGUAUCUAGAUGGAUACCAGCCAUUCUACAUUGAGGAAGACUUUUUGAGACUGACAAAGGGACACUAUAGUCACCAGAACAACUACAGCUUAUUGCAUUUGUUCUGAUGAGUAUAAUCAUUCCCUUCAGGCUUUUUGCAAUAAACACUGUCUUUUUUAGAGAAAAUGCAGUUUUGAAACAGUCUAGGGAAACCUCCGCUGGACACACCUCAGAUGGCUACUAGAGGUGCUUCCUGGGGCAGUUCUGCACACUGUGCAGUACUGCAAUCAGUAUCUUCUCCCUCUGCAUGGAGACAAUGAGCUUUUCUUAUUGAGAUGCAUUGAUUCAAUUAAUAUCUAUGAGGAGAUGCUGAUUGGUCAGUGCUAUGUUUGACUUGUGCUGGCUCUGCCCCUGAUCUGCCUCCUUGAAAUUCUCAGCCAAUCCUAUGGGGAAGGCAUUGUGAUUGGCUCAGACCACCACUUCUGAUGAUGUCAGCAGGCAGAUCAGAGGCAGCAGCUGCAGACUUGAAUACAAGUAAUGUUUUACUGUAUUUAGGGAGGCAUGGAGGGGCUAUAUGGUGGUUUUAACACUACAGGGUCAGGAAUACAUGUUUGUGUUCCUUAACCUAUAGUGUUCCUUUAAGCUUUCAUUGAUACAGGAUACUUGCUUGACAUGGUGCUUUUUGACUGCCUUUGUAGAUGAGAUCAGUCUAAAACGCUUAUGGAAUGGUCCAAAUUUAGAUGGCGGUGAUAGGCCAUAAUCCCUGAGCUAUGCCACCCCAGCACGUAGUCUAUCAUUAUGUAGAUUUGUAUGGAUUAGUACAAAAAAAUACCAUAACUAAAAUCCUAAAGUUUAGCCAAAUUCAGAUUCAGUUUUUAGUGCCCAGUGUUUAAGUGAAACGUCUGCAUAAUAUCAUUGGCAGGAGGUUGUCCGGGCUUUGGGUGCUGGCAGUGGCUUAGUUUUUGUCAAACUGCUCAGAUCUAUAAUAUAAAGGUGCAUUUCAGUAUAUGUUUAUAUUGUCAGUUGUAUCUUUUGCACUAACUCUAUGCUAUGCCCUUUCUCCAAGAGAUGUCCAGUCAUACUAUGUGUUUGUCAGUUCUUGGAUGAUGAAAAUGGAAGCCAUUUUGGCAAAAGAACAGAAAGUCGACAAAUUUGCGGAGGAUUUGACCAAUAGAUGUAAUAUAUUUGUACAGGUAAGGUUCUGUUGAAUAUAAAUGUUUUAAAAUAGUUUUGCUGAAUUUCCCUUUCAUACAGUUUACUAGUAUGACAGUCUGCAGCUUGUUUUAAACAGUCCACUAAACGAUUAGUUUUGUAGAAAAGUCUUGGCACAGUAAUGUUCAUUACAUUGCAGACAUCACCAGACUUUAAAAACAGACAAGUUCAGUGACUGUAACAAGUAGAUAUAAAUGGGUAACGCAGAUACAAAAUAGACCUGCUAAACCCCAGGUGCUUUCAAUCAUCCAUACAACGGUGUUAUUAUAGAAACUGUACAGAUAAACUGAGUGGGACAUCACAUACCAGUAACGAUGUAUUUUAGAAUGGACGUGUCUCCUUGCAUGCUGAAUGCAUGGAGACUGUCCCUCCCCCCCCCUCCAGAAACUACACUACAUGUGCUGAUUUUGGCCCUUAAAUGUCAGUUUAAGGUUUAUUGUGGGAUCGUUCACGUGUUUUUGUUUUAUGUUUUCCCUCCAUUUUUUAUUUGUUUAUUUUUUAGGGCUUCCUAUAUGCAUGCGGCCUUAGCAACAGCAUCAAAACUACUAUGAACUUGUAUAUGUCUAUGCAGAAGCCAAUGACCAAAACAUCUGUGAAAUCAUUAUGUAGACUUGUAGAGCUUCUCAAGGUAAGUAAUGCAAAUGCCGCCUGUCCUACAAAUUCUUUUAAUGUUUGUUAUUCUCCAUUGAGUUAACUGUCAAUCAGCACAUACAGCAACUCUGUACCUCAGUGUUACACUUAAAUAGAUAAGAAAAAUGUAAGUUGCCAUCUUUCAAACCACCAUUGAAAGCUUUCAACAGAAGUCUGCUUUGAAAGUUAGGUCAGGGUUCUUGUAAUGUAGAACAGAAUAAGUUUAGAUUUCUACUGUCUUUCCAGUCUGCAAGUAGUCUUCACUGUAAUGGUAAAAGCAGCGCUACAAUAAAUAAUAUAUUUCGGGCAGUUGCUUGGGACCUGAUGUUUUGAUAAAAAUCAUGUAUCUGUUCCAACAUUGGAACACUAAACUUGCUGAAAGGGACAGACACUCCUGUCCAAAAAAAUAAUCACUGUUGCACCCCCAAAUGAAAAUAUGCUUGUAUUAAAUUAUGCAGUUUUAAAUUGAGUUAUAUCUAAAAACAACUUACACCAUCUGCAAAUUUCUUGUCGGAAUCCUUUGAAAGUCCUCCCUUUUUAAUCCAGCCAGACUUUGUGACUGUCCAAUCACAGACUUCCCAAUACAUCUCAAUGAGAAAUCUUUGCAAGGCAGGUGUUCCAGGCAAUUACCUGCCUCUCAAGUUUAGCUCCACUGAGCAAACCAAACCUGGAAGUAACAGGACCUGUUGCCUGAUAAACAGUCAGAGGCUUUAACACUGUUAAUUUAUAAAAGUACCAAUUUCUAUUGAAAUCUGCAUUUUUUGUAAAAUAAAUAGAGGAUUUACUCUUCAAACAUUCAUUACGCUGAAGUGCUUUAGGGAUCUAAAUUGUCACUUUCAAUACUCUAACUAGAGGUUAAGAACCAACUUAAGUUGGUAAGGUAAGUUUUGUUUCCAGGUGUUUAUGUGAUUUACUUUUGUUGAUUUAGCUGAUAAUCUAAACCAGCAUUGUCCAACUCCUUAGCUAUGACGAUAAAUUAAUGUUUGUUUCAUAAGUUAGCAAUUUCCUCUUGACUGUAUUACUGAUUUAACCAGCUUCAUUCCUAUAACAAGCUGAUCUUGGUGCUAUUCACUAUUCCAUGUUUGUUUGUUUGUUUUUUUCCCCUGCAUUAAGUGUUUUUGGUUGGAUGUGUGAUUUCAGGCGAUAGAACACACUUUCCACAGAAGAAGUAUGGUGGUUGCAGAUUCUGUUUCCCACAUUACUCAACACUUGCAGCAUCAAGCACUUACUGCCAUCGCUGUUGCCAAGGUACCAUUUGUUAUAAUAUGCAUCCAGCUUCUAAAUCUUCAUUUUCUGGAAAAUAAUAUUCAAAACUACCCUUUUUAUUUAUUUUUUUUAACCAAAUAAAUAAGACCGCUACUAAAAUUGUACAUCAUAUCUAUGUAACUCUGCCAAAUAUCACACCACAUACAAAUAAGAUAGCAAAAAUAACUUGCGUUAGUAACCAUGCAAAUUGGGUACUGACGACAAUGUCAUCAACUUUGAAUAUUACUCCAUUUAAAAAAAAAAAGAAAGAGGCAGGGAAGAAAUUAGAAGAGGGAGGGAAUAUCCUCUUCAGGUUUCUCCCCAAUACAUAAACACUUACACAUAAAAAUCAUACCCAAUAUAAAAAGGGUAAAAUACCGGAGGUACCUGAGCAAAAUGUCUCCCACAUUGCCCAUAAAAUUUUUAUUUUUUAUUUUUUUAAAGGUUUUACUUGCUUACAAUAACUGUUAAACAUUUACCUAAAUAGCACAUAUUCAUGACAUUAAGUAUUAACAUAAAAAUAUCAUUCAAAUUUAAAGGACCACUAUAGUGCCAGGAAAACAAACUCGUUUUCCCGGCACUAUGUAGUCCUUAGGUCCCCCCUCCCACUCGCCUGAAGGGGUUAGAACCCGUUCAGCCACUUAACUUUCUCCAGUGCCGGGUUCCCUCGGCGCUGGUGACCUCACCUCCACCUCAGACACGCAUUAAAAAUGCCCAUAGGAAAACAUUACUCAAUGCUUUCAUAUGGACGUCAGUGUCUUCACACGGUGAUUUUCACCGUGAGAAUCGCGGAAGCGGCCUUCAGUGAGACAGCCACUAGAGGCUGGAUUAACCCUGCAGUGUAAACAUAGCAGUUUCUCUGAAACUGCUAUGUUUACACUGCAGGGUUAAAACCUGUGGGACCUGGCACCCAGACCACUUCAUUGAGCUGAAGUGGUCUGGGUGCCAAUGGUGGUCCUUUAAGUACAUAUUUAUUAAAAGGGCCUUCAUACUGUUAUAUAGUCCCAAUGAUAUCCCCGUAUUGCCAUUUUGUUUAUUAAAACAUGCUUGGCCAAUUACAGCUCUGUGUGCAUAUUAACCAGCAUCCUUUGCAAUUUCCCUGUGAAAUCUAUGGUCUGUGUGCAGAAUAUGAACAUAUUUAAUAAAUAACUCAUUUAUACACGUGUAUAACGGUCUAGACAUCACAUGCCAUUUAAAUCAGCACAUUUUAUAUAUUUUGAUUCUUUCCAAAUGAUUUUUUUAAGUCUGCUUGUGUCUAUACUGCACUCUAUAAGGUCACUGACCAACAUGAAGCCGUAGCUGGGCAUUGCAGUUGGAGUAUACUGAUAGUACAGGAAUACUAUUUUUUAUUUUAUUUUUUUUAUCACACUUUGUUUCUUCUUUUUAUUACAAGAAACAGAAGAGACAAUAAGCAAAACUUCACUUUUAAUAACGUAGACAGAAUUUGUCUAUUAAAUUGUUCUGCAUGGCGUGUUUGUUCUCUCAUUUUCAGUCUAUGGGAGCACAGAUCGCUCGGAGGAGAUUCAUCAAGGCAAAAUAGUUGCUAUUCUGGGAGCAAAGUACACAAUGCUCAGCGAUAUUUCAUUGGUUUCCAUGGUGAUUGCUCCUUAUUUAGGACCUUGUCCCAGAAUUGCUCUUGUUUUUAGCCUGAUAAAUCUUCCUCCAUGUGCUCUACUAGAAUAAUAACACUGAAAUGUUCAAAUGUAUUGUUUUUACAGAAACCGAAUGAGAGGUAUUAAAACUGUGUUUCUAAGGCUUUUUCUUUUGUUUUGUUUUUUCUCUAUUAUUCAGAAAAGAGUAAUCUCAGACAAGAAAUAUAGUGAGAAGAGGUUAGACGUCCUGUCGGCACUUGUGUUAGCAGAAAAUACACUCAAUGGACCAAGUACACGGCAGAGGAGGCUCGUUGUUUCCCUGGCAUUAAGUGUAGGAACACAGAUGGUAAGUCACUAAUAUACAGGAAGCAGAAGCAGCCGUGUGCCCAACUGCUUUCUAGUUACUGGACUCAACAUUCCAUCUCCUAACUCUGUCUUUAGAAUCAGGCAUGAUGCUGAUGCUGGAAAUCAAUCAUUUUAUUAUCUUUCUGCAGAAAACCUUUAAAGAUGAAGAACUUCUCCCACUUCUCAUUGUUUUGAAGAAGUUGGAUCUUAUUAGUGAGCUGAGGGAAAGGUAAUGAUCUGCACGUGUUGGGCUUUCGUGUCUGAUUAAAACUCUUCUUUUCUGUUUCUUAAUAACUAUGGAUUUACUUGUAGAGUCCGGGCCCAAUGUGACUGCUGUUUCCUGUACUGGCACCGAGCAGUAUUCCCCAUCUAUUUGGACGAUUUGUAUGAGAAUGCCGUGGAUGCAUCCAGAAUACAUGUAAGUUACUAUAUUUUUUAUAUAAUAGGGUUAAUUUACUCUGUGUAAAAACUCAAGACCCUCCAGCUUUUCUUAAAAGGGAGGGAGAGAGAUGGGUAAAAAGGAGUAUCCACUUUAUUGGUAAUAGUUUUAAGUCUUAUAAUUCUAAACAGUGAAGCAGGUAAGCAUAGAAAUGUGUUAUUUUAAGAACAAAGAAUGUGACGGCAGAUGAGAACCAUUCGACCCAUCUAGUCUAAAUACGUUCAUUAGGCCUUAUCUUGUAAUUAGUAAAGCCUUCUGCCUAUCCCACACAUGCUUAAACUCCUUCACUGUGUUAACCUCUAACACUUCCACUACCCUCUCUGUAACGUAAUACUUCCUGAUAUGAUUUUUAAACCUUUGCCCCUCUAAUUUAAGACUAUGUCCUCUUGUUGUGGUAGUUUUUCUUAUUUUAAAUAUAUUAUUGCCCUUACUGUGUUGAUUCCCUUUAUGUAUUUUAAAAGUGUGGAAUCAAUGAUAUCCAAGUUAGGGUUCAGAAGGAUUUGAACCUUCGACCUCUUGAUUUGCAGUGAGAUGCUCUAGCACUGAGCUAUGCACCCUAUACCCUUUCUACUGAUCAUUUAAUUUUUAGACCUUCCUCCCAGAAUUACACUUUGUAGUUCUGAUAAGUACCUUGUUAUGUGCUUACGUAAUGAACAGAGUCUGAUCUUUAAUAAAUGCUCUUUUAAACACAGUGACUGUCAUAAUUAGCCAUCUUUUUAUUUGCAUGAUAUUACGAUUCCUUGAUGAAGUAAUUGUCUAAUAUAAGUAAAAUCAUGCUUUGUUAUAACUCUAACCUUUUCAUUUAGUUUAUGUUCAGUGCGUUGUGGAGCUGUGUCCCAUCCAUGAUGCAUUCCAGACAUUUAGACUCCUACAAGUUAUUACUUCAGUGCUAUGACAAGGAAAUUAUGGAUGUAUUAACAGAGGUAACGCUUUUGUAUGGAUUUAAACCUAUCUUAAACCUAUCAGUAUUUUACAAUUAGUUUUUAUUGGUGUUUUUAUUUUAUAUUGUUUCCUUUUUGUUUGCUUUACAAAUAACAAAGAAUAGAACUUUAACAUUACAUGAAUACAUACAACCUCUUUCAAAUUUGCGACUCUAUUUAAAUUUGUUUUAUAAUUAUUCACUAUUUGCCUUUCAAACAUGGCCAUCAUUGUACAUAUUGCUCAAGUGUUAAAUGGUAUACUAGUAGUUUCUAUCUCCAAUGUUCAUUAACACUAAACAUUAAAAGAAAUAAAAAAAAUUUGCUAACUGAUUAAAAUAUAUUUUUCACCAGAUAUGUUUAGGAGCAGAUUUAUUUAACGUUUAAUUUUUUUGAAAUGUAAAAAAAAAAAUAAAAAAAAUAAUAACACAUUAAACAAUCUAUCAAGUCGUCAAUAACAAAUCUACGAAUUAUCUUCUAGCUUGUACGCUCAUUUGAUCAGGACUUUCUUUAGCUCUUCGGUCUGUUAACAUUUUUAUUUACGGAAAUGCUUCACAGAAUGUUAGCGCUAUAUAAAUGCUAAUAUUGUCUGUCUAUGGUUUCCUAGCACCUGUUGGACAAGUUGUGUAAAGAGAUAGAGAAAGAUCUGCGUCUGUCGGUCCAUACUCACCUCAAGCUCGAUGAGAGGAAUCCAUUCAAAGUCGGCAUGAAGGAUUUGGCAUACUUCUUUUCAUUAAAACCCAUUCGCUUUUUUGACCGGUUUAUUGAUAUCAAAGGUGAGAUGGCAAUCAUAGAUUUUGCUUUCACACCAUAAUGCAACUAAAAUAAUCACACAUUGUAUUUGAAUGUUCUUAAUUACUAUUUAGUUUUAGUAAUCGUCUUUUGACUAAAACACCAUUUUAGUCAUCUGAAUUGGUUUAGCUUUAGUCUAGGUUUAGUCAACUAAACCUAAAACAUUUUAGUUGACUAAAGUUAACACUGUGUACUGAAUGCAAGACACAACCUGACAUCUUUUAUACAUUUUUCUUCCUGUGUUUAUGUGCACAUAGACCACUAGUCUUCUGAAAAUGCUGGUUUUGAAUCUGUGUUUUAUACACCUCACCACAAUAAAUGCUUCCAUAGCAUAUGCUGUGGUGAGUUGAAUUGUACUUGUCAAUAAAAAGAGGUAAUAAACACUUUUCAGUGAAAAUAAGUUAUCUUUUGGGAUUUAAAGUAUUCGAUAUCUGCAGUUUUUUUGAUGUGUGUUAUAUAGUUUUACAUUGUUUCAUGUAUUUUAUUCCAAUUUCAAGCAGAGAAGUGACAUAUAUGAUAGUGUUGAAUAUGGUUUUGGCGACAUAACGGAAAAAUAAUGAUCUUUGUUUCUUUUACAUGUAAAACAUGAGGGAAAAUGUGGUAAUUGGUCUGCUUGAGGGUUUUUAAUUUGUUUAAUUAUUUGGACUUUGCAACUGCUUUUCCUUUUAUUGUUCUUUGGCUGGUCUGAAUUUGCUGUGGUUUUUUUUUUGUUUUUUUUGUAGCCUAUGUCACACAUUAUCUGGAUAAAACAUUUUAUAAUCUCACAACGGUUGCUCUCCAUGAUUGGGCCACUUACAGUGAAAUGCGAAACUUGGCCACCCAGCGAUAUGGUUUGACGAUGACAGAGCCCCAUUUACCAAGUCAGACAUUAGAACAGGUAUUUACUGUGUACAAUGGCGUCUGUGCAUUCUAUAAAAUACAAAGUAUUCCAAAAAAGAAAAAUGGCUGGCCUAUUCUGUUUGUAUAUCAAUUGUCUCGUAUAAACACAAUGUAAGUUAGCAGCCACUGAUAAUUUGCUGCACUAGAAGUCAAUCUGUGAAUGUUUUUUGUGAUCUAUUUACAAGACUCUGUGCAUAAAGUGAUCUAACUAUUGAUUAGAUACUCGAUCUCACAGUUUACAGCCAAUAUUGUCCAAAAUGGUAAAUCCUGCUAGAUAGAAUAUUUUACUUUAAUAUAUUUAUUAACAAUCACAUAUUUGCUCUGUUUGGGGCUCUUAAAAUGUUGAGGUUAGGUCUGCGUACAUGACAAUGAAACAGCAUUAACUUAGACCCAAUUCUUCAAGUGAACCGGUCACGCAAAUUUUUAAUAGCUUAAAUCUCUCCAAAAUAUAUUGAAUACAUGAUGUAUCGCAAUGAUACAUAAUGCAGUAAAUGCUUAUUUUUUAGAUGCACCUACCAUACCCGACUCCAGCACCGCCAUUUUCUCAUCUUCAUGGGUGUUACUCUUCUUGUAACACCUCCGUUACGCUCCGUGUUCCUCCUGCUCUCUUCUUUAAUUUGACCCAGGUGUCCCCAAGCAGGGCAAACCUCCUGGCUGACAUUGCAAGCAUGUUGUUAUCUGAACAAAGUCAGUCGGCUCUAGCAGCGUUGGGUGAGGGAGUUACAAUAGCAACCACACUGUGGUUGCAAUGCGUGGAGCAGAAGUACUACCUGCACGGGAGUUCUUUUCUGCUCUCUCUUGUUAGUGAAUUCUUCGGCAUAGUCUUUGUCAAACAUUUUACUGACCGGUGAGAGAGAGGCUGUUUUUUUAAGUGUUUUUUCCCCAGUCUAUACAUUUUGCUUGCAAAACUGCUAACACAAUGUAUAGGUAAAAUGUAAGGCACUUUCAAAAGAACACUUGUUAAAAUACACAACAGUGUAUACUUUAAUUAUGGCUAGUGGCCCAAAAGGUGUAAAAUGUAAGUGUUACUAGUCGAUUUAUCUUUUGUGGUUGGCCACAUGGAUAGACCAUAAGCAUCAAUGAAUGUAUACCCUAUAAAAUCUUGCUAUGCAUACAUUUUGUAAAAAAUCUAAACAUCUCUUACAUAGUAUGCAAAACCUUUUAUUUCAGGGUUUAGAUGUUCUGGAAAUAAUGAGGAAUAUCCAUGUGUUUGUAUCCCGCUACCUGUACAACCUCAAUAAUCAGGUAGGUAUGUGACUUCUUUGUGAUGACCUUAUGAGCCUGGUUCCAUACUGUAGAUGCAGUGGUUCCAGGAGAUACAUGCGGACAAUGUCUCAUCUUCCUUUUUUUGUGUGUAGAUCUUCGUGGAGAGGACCAGCAAUAACAAGCAUCUGAACACCAUCAACAUCCGACAUAUCGCCAAUUCCAUCCGAACGCAUGGCACAGGGAUCAUGAGUACAACUGUAAGCAUUCCUUUAGCUUUUCUACUGACCAUCGGUGGUAUUUCAGCGCCACUAGCGGAAGAUUGUGGAUAUUGUUUUAAAAAAAAUGGAGCAGUCUUUAUGGCAAUCGAAGCAAUGUUCCUGCUGAUUCCCUCAGUUUCCACAGUGAUUGCUCGACUGAUAGAACGUUGCCUCAUUUUGUUGUUAGUGAGACUUUUAUAAACCUCACACAUUGGCUCCAUUCAGUUUAAACUAUUAGGAAAUUGUAUGUCCGUUUUAGUUGGUUGUUUUAAAACAAACUGAGAAAUUGCUGAUGGAGUAAUUUGUUCUUCGAAUACAGUUAUUUGCUGUGAUGAUUUUCAUUUUGUCCUUCAGGUAAACUUCACAUACCAGUUCCUAAGGAAGAAGUUCUAUAUUUUUAGUCAGUUUAUGUACGAUGAGCAUAUCAAGUCCCGACUGAUCAAGGACAUUCGUUAUUUCAGAGAAGUUAAAGAUCAAAAUGAUCAAAAGGUAAAUAUUGUUGGUACCAUUAGUGCGUGAUAGACUUUAUUAAAGCUACUUUCACUGCCCUAACAUUUCUGUAACUUAUUGCACUGCUUAUGGAUGCUGUUCUUCCUGGUUUAUUUCCUGACCGAUUUCUCUUAGUGUUAUGAUACUUUUUAUACUGAUUUGAUUUGCUUUUAGCAGAUGAUCUCCUUUACUCUGUAUCUCUAUAAAUUGUAUAAAUAAAUUACUAUUAAAAAAAACUAGGAAUUCUGUGAUCUUCCUGUGUAGAUUUAUAAAAUUGUUUAAAUAGGCAUUAAGUACAUUUUUUAGUUAGCGGAGAAGUCAAUAAUGUCAUUUUUGACACGUCACGCAACAUGCGUGGACCCCUCACCCUUUAUCCACACAUAAAAGGUUGUAAUUUGCAGGCUCUUUAAAUAGAGAAAUAGUUCCUCUGAAACUUGUUCUUCCAAAUCAUUGCCUAGUUUAACACUUGGAAACAGAACACUAUUUUCCAGCACAUCUGCCAACCUUUUCACAUGGUCAGAUGGCAAAAUGUCAGGUAUUGUGUUAUGAUCUUCAAGGUUUGAAAUCUUUUAAUAUAAUGUAUAUUUUCAAAAUCUUCCUCCCCAUACAAACUGCUAAUAUGUAUUAUAUCUCAUGCAAAUCUUAUUUGUAUCACAGGAUACAAAAGAAAUUGGUUGUGUUUUUUAUUUUUUAGCAUCUCCUCCAAUGUACCAUUAUCAGUGUUUCUAAGAGCACACGUUUAUAUAUCACUAUAGUCAAUUUUAAUGCUUAUUGCCUAGAAGCACUCCGAUAUGGUGCUAUGUGAGUAAUAGUAUCUGUUUAACACUUCUUUUGGGAUUUGUCCCUUUAGUAUCCUUUUGAAAGGGCAGAAAAGUUUAACCGUGGAAUACGGAAGUUGGGUCUUACACCUGAUGGGCAAAGCUACCUCGAUCAAUUCCGGCAACUUAUUAGCCAAAUAGGUGAGAGCAAAAUGUAUUUAUUUUCCCCUUGUUUUCUUAAUUUUUCCUUUAAUUUUGCUUUUUUGUCAAUAGAGAAACUUCCCUGGACUAACAAUGAAUGUUGCUAAUACUGUAUUAUCUUAUUUUUAGGAAAUGCUAUGGGCUAUGUCAGGAUGAUACGAUCUGGUGGGCUUCACUGCUGCAGCAAUGCAAUCAGGUAUACUAAAUUAAACUACUUUAUGACUUUUUUUUUUUACAGGUACAUUAUAGUCACCAGAACAACUACAGCUUAAUGUAGUUGUUCUGGUGAGUAUAAUCAUUCCCUGCUGGCAUUUUCAUGUAAACACUGCCUUUUUUACAGAAAAGGCAGUGGUUACAUUGCCCUUGAGGGACACCUCCAGUGGCCACUCCUCAGAUGGCCACUGGAACUGCUUCACAUUGUGCAGCACUUCCAUUCAGCGUCUCCACGAUCUGCAUGGAGAUGCUGAAUUUGCAUCUCUGAGGAGGUGCUGAUUGGCCAAGCCAGCGUUUGGCCCUGCACCUGACCCUGCCUCCUUGCCCAUUUCAGCUAAUAAAAUGCUUUUCCUAUGGGAAAUCAUCAAUCUGAUGUCUGCAAGGAGCUGUGCUGCACUGGAAAUGAAGGUAGGUUUUUUUUUUUUUUUUUUUUACCUUUUAACAGGGUUAAGGGGGGGACACAAGCCACCUAAAAGGUGAUUUUUUUUAAUUUUUUUUUUGCAAUUAAACAUUUUAUUUGAGUACCUUUAUUUCUUUGUAUUAAAAUGCUCAGCUCGGACUACAUAGCAAGGGGAAGCCACAACCACGAUGACGCUGUAUAAUUGUCAUUUUCAAGUAAAUGCACUUUUAUAUUAAUAGUUUGCAUCUAUGCAGUUGGUAAAGAGGUAUUAAUAACAUGUACAGCAGCAAAAGUGAAAUGCAGAAACUUAAAAGUUCUUAAAAAUAUCAUUGCGGGAGCAAAUGGCCAGCACAGCCACCCACAGGUGACACACACAAGCAAACAUCAGGUAGUAAAGUUAACUUUAUAUAUAACGAAAUAAUUAAAGGAAGUCCAGAUUCAAUGAUCUUACUAGCACAAUGUAUAUAUUUUAACGUCAUAAUUUAACAUGUAUGUAGUACAAUACAUUAGCUAAUAAUCAAAAAUAAGAUUGUGAUUAAAUAUACAGAACUUCAGCUUGCUUAAGGGCUUUAUGCAUCGGGAGCAGGUCAUGUUAACUGCAGUUUAAAAAGGUGCACAUUUCUAUGUGAAAUCGGCAAUUAUAUAGAUAACUGUAAUAAUUAUAGAGCUAGGGAGGAUAUCAUCCCAACUCUGCUAGACUUCACCUGCCUUUACCCCCUGGUGACAAUGUGCCUGUGAGUGCAUGUUCAGAGGACUCAUUUUACUGAAACUUCCAGAGUUCUCCCUGGAAAGCCACGCAUGCCCACUCUUGCAGCUCAAAAACAGAGGCUCCUCAGUAAGAAGCCUCUGAUUGGUCAUUUUCACGGCACAGACUGAAAGUCUGUGAAAUGGAAAAAGGGGAGAACUUGUAAAGGCUGCAGACAAGAGAUCUGCAGGAUUUGCAAGUUGAUUUUAUAUAUACCACUGAUGAAAGAUUGCAGAAACAAAUGCAGGUUUUCAUUGAGGUAUAUUUACUAAAUAGUGAUUUUAAAAAAUCCACAUGGAGCAUUAAUUUCACAAUGCUAUCACAUCUCUUUUUUUUUUUUUUUAAAUUCUUUAUUUUUCUUGUGCAUAAAUUGACAUUAAGCGUGGAUAGUCACCAUAGCAGCAACAAGUUUGACCAUAUCUUUACAAAUUGUGACAGAUUAGUUGGCACUUUUUUUUUUUUAAAACAUGAAAAUGUCUAAACAAGUAGGCAUCCUAAUAACAUACAUUGUGUAAAAGUAAUAAACAAGUAAGCAGAAUCAGGUUGUGUCAGAUAGGGAUGACGGUUACCGCAUUUUAGACAUAUUGAAUAGGUCUCGUGUCAUGCUAAACCAUAAUUAUUACUACUGUAGCAUAGUGACCACUGGGUGUCAUUUGUGAGGUUACGGUAUAUUUUGCAUUGGUGUUAUAGUAUGUAAGUGCGCCCCUCUUAAGCUAGUAAGUAGACAGCCUCCAUAUUUGGGUCCCCCUGGCUCGUUAACUAAAAAGCAAAAAACAAACGGUCUUACUGCAGGACCUACGAUUCAUUACAUGAAACUGGCAAUAGCAUCUUGAUAGACAUAUAAACAUUAAGGCUGUGGUAAACUAAGUGAUAACAUCAGGUGUGAGCGUGGGGGGAUGGGCCCUCAGCGUACAUGUCUUGUCUCGUAGUGUCCAUGGCAGGUGACAUGGAGGGCUAACUCUACUUCGGUCUGGCUAAGUACCUGGUGGGGCAUAAAGAUUAAAUACAACAAACUAAACUUAAGCAAGAUGGUUGUUAGGGCCAAGACAACGUAAUACUGGACGAGUCAACGCUAUACAAAAACUGGAUGGCUCCUUGCUAGUUGAGGCCAUGGGCCAGCUGACAGACCUGUUCAGGUAGUUUGUCAGAAUGUCUAUCAGUGGAUUCGCUGCGGAUGGCAUGGGACCAGUCUUGAUCCCCUGCCUACCGGUGUUGCUGAGGUCGUGGAGUGUUGCGUUGUUUUGUGCCGGUCUUUUGCUGAGGGUGGUUCUCUGGCGCGGUGGGCGCUCGUUAGAGUAGGUCUGUUGUGCGUGUCCAUGUAAAAUGGGGGGUGGGCUAUUAACUAAAUGCCGUAAGUCAAUUGUGCGGUAGUCCUGCCUGGUGGUUUGUCGUAGUUCUGGCACUUGUCUUCUCAGGUGUCCGCAAGGUGCCGGUUUGCCCGUUGCGCCUUGUAGGCGGUGGAGGAUGAGGCACCGGUGGUGACUGGUUGGAACGGUCUUACGUUUGCUACAUCCCAGGUGUGUUGGGUCUUUGGCCUCUGGUCGGUAUUAGCUUGUUCCUGUCUCGGUGAUAGGCCCAGCGCUGUCAGUACUGAAUCUAUUUCGGAUGGGUCAGUGACCCGUGUGGAUGCGCCUUUAUGCGUGAUGAGCAAGCUUCUGGGGAAUGCCCAACGGUAUGGGACUGAGGCUUGGCGGAGAGCGGUCGUCAGGGGUUUGAGGAGGCUUCUCCACAGCAACGUGGGCCUGGAUAGAUCUUGGAAGAACGACAGGCUAGCUGUCUCGAAGAGGUGGGAUGCCUUUCCUCUCACCGCUGCCAUAAAGGUUGCUUGGCCUGUCUGCGUUUGAAAUUGGAGGAUGAUGUCUCUCGGGGUGUCUGCUGGCUCUAGCGGCUCUUGGGAUUCUGUAAGACCCGUCCGUUAGGGCCGUCUUCAUCUGCUGUGGUGUGAGCAGGGAGGCGAGAAGCCGCCCAAGAUAUCCCUGUAUGCCUUCCUGGGUCACUGUUUCAGGGACCCCUCUGAUCUUCACGUUGCGGCGUCUGUGCCGGUCCUCCAUUGCGUCCAGGCGGGUGGUGAGCAGUGCCUGGGCACGCUGCAGCUCUGUGUUGUGAGCCUCUAAUUGUACACAGCGUGCGGCGAGGCCCUGCGAUUCCGCCUCCGUCUUCCUCAUUCGCCCCUCCACGGUGUGAAUCUCUUCUCUCAGAACCGCCAUGUCUGCCGCGAAGAGGGAACGUAUAUUGCAUAGGAGGGCUUUUAUGUCCCCUUUGGUGGAGGGUAGGUCGUUGUCUUCGUCUGAAGAUACACUGUGUAAUCCCCCUGUGUCGGGGAAGUCGUCCAGCUCAUCAAGGAGCUGUUCUGCGGAGGACGCCGAGGCAGAGUCGCCAUUUUGAUUCGGCGCGGGGGUUACUGCGGCCUUGGCGGUUCGGAGGAGAAGUGCUCCGAUAUCACGAGCCCCUGUCAGUUUUGCGGCCCCCCGGUGUUUGGGCUUCUUUCCCAUCUCUGGGUGCUGUGAAAUAGGGUGGUAUUUCGCUUUUUGUUCCGUUAUUUUACAGAUUUUCAGGCUGUUGGCUACGGAGCUCUGAGGCUGCACGUCCGCUUCACUCGGCUGCUGGCUCCGCCCCCCCCCCAAAAGGUGAUUUUAACACUAUUGUGUCAGGAAUACAUGUUUGUGUUCCUGACCCUAUAGUGUUCCUUUAACAUAUUUUUUUUUUUUUAUUUGAGGCUUACAUUAAGUUCAGUUGGCAUAGGAGUAGGUCCCCAAUGUUGGGAGAUUUAGUAUCGGUGCUGAUAUUUGCUAGCUUGGAGCAUUGCCCCACAGUUGCCCCGGAAAUCAGUUGUUAAAAUAGCUGAUAGCUAUGAAAUUAGUUUUCUCUGAAUAAUAAUUUGUGAAGAAAGCCAGUUCUCCUCGUAGCAACUGCUGAACACAUCUGCUUAGUUAGGUGACUCCGCCCCUUUAAUAUUACUAUAUUUAAAGUAUGUGAUUUGUUUGUUUUUUAAUAGAACUAUAAAGGGUCGUCCAGUAACCUAAAUUGUAAAGGGACACAUUUAAUUUAAAAUAAUAUCAUUACACUAAGCCUUUAAUCUUGACUUUGCAGAUUUGUUCCAGAUCUGGAAGAUAUAGUGAAUUUUGAAGAGCUGGUUAAGGAAGAGGGACUGUCGGAAGAAACCCAGAAGGCUGCAAGGUUUGUAUUAGUGCAGUGAAACUCCUAUACAAGUUGUAAUCUGUUUGGAAAUGCAAGUGUAAUCAACGUGACUUGUCAAAUGUUGUGCCCAAAUUGUCUAACUGAGAAUGUUUCAAAUUCAGCCAUUUUGACCUAAAAUUUCAAAUUCACUUUGUCUUCCUUACAUUUCAUAGUUCAUGGAAUAACCUCUGAUAUCUCUCCCCUCUGUCGAUCCCUACACUGGCUUCCUGUAUACUAUAGGUGUCAAUUCAAAAUACUAACCCUUACCUAUACAUCCCUAAACUCUAGCCUAUGUUUCUCAGUGAACCUCUUGUUUCUAUAUGCAGACAGCUGGAUUCAGUUCUAACAGACCUUACACGCAACUCCGCAGAAGGUACAGAAUACUUCAAAAUGCUGGUGGAUGUGUUUGCCCCUGAGUUCCGCAGCACAAAGAAUAUUCAUCUUAGGAACUUCUACAGCAUUGUUCCACCUCUGGUAUGCUCAAGCUGGGUGUUGUUGUCCAUGCCUGGUUCUGUUUUUCUGAUUUUGAAUUUGGUAGAUCAGACUGCCUGAGCACUGUUAAGAUGUUGAUUGGCUGAACAGUGAUUUGAAGUCCAUUAUUUAUAGUUCAUACAGGAGAAACAAAAAAAUUGACUUUUACUUAAAGUGAUGGAAGCUUACGGUCUCCGUGGGGAGGUGGAGAGAGGGUCACAUCUUUUAUGAUGAUGGCAGGAAUAUGGGUAUGGUGGGUAUGGGGUGCUUAAAACUGUGGUGACUUCAGUUUAUUUUAUUUUUUUACCAACCCUCACUUUGUCAUAUGCAGCUGUAUACUACUGGUACCCAGCCGGUGUUCGUUAUGAGGGAUAAUACUAAAAAUUAGUUACUAUAUUAGGAGUGCAAAAUAGAAUUAGGAGCUGACUUGGUGAACCUCCCAACACCACUAUAAAAAAGCAAACAAACGCUUAUGCAAAGUAUAAGAAAAAACAACUACGCAGCAUGUAAAUGAGCAAAUAAAUACCAUCCGAGGGUAUAUGUGAGAAUCUGAUCACAGAUCUAAAAGACAAGAAUGAUAUAUAGUGUAAUCCAAUAAUGAAGAGGAAAGGGAGGGGGGGGAGUGAGAGCACUCACAAGACGUAGGAGAAUGCAGGCUUAUCUCCCCUCAAAGGGGUAAGGGUCUGUUAUACUGUACUUCAGUAUGUAGCUGUAGAUCAUAAGAAAAAAAUGAACCAAUAAGUGUGAUAAUGUUAAAAAAACACUUUAUGUAAUAAUAAUGCACAAGAAGGCAGUAGAUUUAAGCUUACCUCCACCUGGAGUGGAUCUUAAAAUCAGCAGGUAGGAGUGGGCAGGAACAAUAACCGAUGAACAAGUAAUAAAAUAACAUAAAUUAAGUCCCAAGAAUUCAGCAUCCGACGUGUUUCAUCCAAAUUGUGGGCUCCUUCAGAGACCGGGACAUUGUGGUCCCUUGUCGGUUUUUAUAUGGCUCCUAAUUUCAGAUCAGCUGGCGGUCAAAUGCGUUCCACCAUGGGAUGCACUGUUCAUUUCCUCUUCAGGUCAUUUCCGUCAUUCGGCUGUGUCCGUCUGACAGACAGAUUGCGGAUACACGCAUGCGUACUUGUGAAAAAAGUCACACGUGAGUAUUGGCUUCUGUAAUGAUUGAACAAACACCUUCACCUCAAAUAAACAAAAACAAAAGGCUGUGCGGAAACAAAGUCACACACAUGCAAUCUGUGCUCAGUAUUCACAUAGAAAAUACAAAUAUAUAUAUAUAUCACACAUACAGUUGCAAGAAAAAGGAUGUGAACCCUUUGGAAUGAUAUGGAUUUCUGCACAAAUUGGUCAUAAAAUGUGAUCUGAUCAUCAUCUAAGUCACAACAAUAGACAAUCACAGUCUGCUUAAACUAAUAACACACAAAGAAUGAAAUGUUGCCAUGUUUUUAUUGAACACACCAUGUAAACAUUCACAGUGCAGGUGGAAAAAGUGUACUGCGUACUUGUGAAAAAAGGGUCCACAUACUUUUUCUUGCAACUGUAUAUACACACACCAGCAAAAAAUAUAUACAGAUUAGGCAGAAAAAUAUAUACAUAUUCAGUGAAUGGAUUGCCACCAAGCAACCUGCUCAUUCACUAUAAAACCGUUUAAGUGUAUAAAAAAGAUGUGUAUGAGUGUUAUUUAAGUUUUUUAUAUAUAUAUAUAUAUAUAUAUAUAUAUAUAUAUUGGAUAGCCACCCAUCGAUAUGUAACUGUGUGCAAAAUUCCCAUGAAUAGAAAAAACUGAAACCAGAUAAGAAUGCGGAAAUUAAAUUAGACCAGCAAAAUCAAUAUCUAUAUUAAGACCUAACUUGAGGGUUUUUAAAUUAAAGAUCCAUUAGGCUUCGUUUUUGGUAAGUUCCAAUGAUCUAUUAUCACCUGGUCUAUACCUAUAGCUACAAAGCUGUGCCAUUGGAAAGCUGGACACGUAUUACAGUGUCUAGGGACACUGAUUGGUGUCCUUUUCCAUAUGUUAUUAAAGUGCUCCCGUAUUCUUACAUGUAGCCUAUGAAUUGUUCUGCCAACGAUUUGGGUCCUACAGCCACAUUGUAACAGACCACAUGCGAGGAGGAGCACUAUAUAAACUUUUUAAUUGUAUAUUCUUUUUUGCAUAGGUACCAAUAAACGUUUUUGUGGUACUUUUUGGAUGCGUACAGGUUGAGCAAUGGCCACAGCUAUAUAAUUUCUGUUGAUAACUGAUAUUGUCAUAUUUUGGUGUUUUUUUUUUUUUUUUUUUUAGACUGGGAGCCAACUUACUUUUAAGAUUGUCUGCUUUCUUAUAAAUCAUAAUUGGCCAGUCAGGAAUAAUCUUGCCUAGAAUGUCAUCUUUUUGGAGAAUGUGCCAGUGGUUUUUUUGAGUUCAUUUGAUUUACCUUUUUAAAACCUUGGGUUUGUUUGCAUUUGAGCUUAUUUUGUUUUUUGGAAAGCAACCAUGAUAUUGCUUACUGUUUGCUAUUUUAAGAGUUUAUAGUGAGCCUAUUUGGAUUUAUUUUCCAGGUUCUGAUGAAACAAUAAUUCCUGGAUAUUAGAGAUAGUAUCAGGUUAUUGCUUCAUUUCUUUAGUGAUUUAUUUUUGACAAGCAGAAUUCGGUCGUGAAGCUUCAGAAAUCUAUACCUCUUUUAUAGGCCUAUGCUCUUCAUAUGGAUUGUGUUUUUUUUGCUUUGUGUCAUGAAGCUUGCUGCCUCUUGUUCUUAAGUUUGUUUGUUUUUUGUUUGUUUUUUCUUUUUUCCAUUUGUAGACGUUAAAUUUUGUUGAGCACUCCAUUAGCUGUAAGGAAAAGCUGAACAAGAAGAAUAAAGUUGGAGCUGCAUUUACGGAUGAUGGCUUUGCAAUGGGUAAGACGUGUUUAAUCUCUGAGUUGUCAUCUAAAGGCUGUAAUUACUCUAUUGUAAUUAUCGGUGUAACUACUCAUUAGAGGCGAUGGGUGAUUGGGUGGCUGCAUUGCUUUUAACAGUUCAAAAAUAAUUCUAAUUAAAAUUUUAUUGACCAAAAUGGAGAGAUUUACCCUGUAAAUAAAUACAAUAACGGAACGAUUCGUCCCUCAUAAAGCCGCUACACACCCACAGAUGCCUACAUCUUGUCAGUAAUAAAGGUUAACGAAACACGAUUUCAAAACGGCAUGUUUAACUCAACCGGGCCUGUGAGUCCAUCGUGUACACUGUAUAAAGAUCAACUAUUCCUAACAAUCCUGGAGGCCUGCGCGCCUCGCUGUUUGAAUUGCUCAUUUGUUCUAUGUUAAUGCUGCCAUGGAAAAAAAGAGAUGUUAAUGUCCUAUGCUCCUUUCUUUGAAGCAUAUAUUUCCCAACCUGCAGUUCUAUCCAUUUUCUAUAAUUAGGUUAUAUAUUCAGCUACUCUUGUUGUUAUGUUUAUUCUCUGCAACAAUUCCCACUUUAGUGAAUAAGCCCUAGGGUGAUUUUGGAACAUUGUGGUCUUUGACUUGCAUGAUUUGCCAAUGUCUAUAUUUUAUCAUAGGGGUCGCCUACAUCCUUAAGCUUUUGGACCAGUACCAGGAGUUUGAUUCUCUGCACUGGUUUCAGUCUGUAAGAGAAAAGUAUAUGAAGGAAAAAAGGGCGGUCUCUAAGCAGCAAAACGUGCAGUCAGCCAAUCAGGACGAAAAGCUACUUCAGACCAUGAACUUAACCCAGAAGAGGCUGGAAAUAUAUCUUCAGGUAUGAAGUUGUAUUUUGCAGAAUAAAAGCAUUUGUGAUUUGGUAGAGGAGAGUUCAAGUUUCACUUUUUUUUUUAAAUUAUUAUUAUUAUUAUUAUUAUAUGUUUAUUUUCCUUUUUUGACAAAUCAUACAACAUGUACAUUGUCGUCUUUCAAAACAUAUGUGUACAUAUCCCUUUUAUAUAUCUUUUAUACAAUACAUUUAAAAAGACGUGUUUUUUUUUUUUUUUUUUGUUAGCCCAUUUUUUUACAUUGUAUUUCUUUUCCCUUUCGGGGUUUAUAUCUCCCUGUACAUAUUUCUAUAACACCCUCUCUUAUGCCUCUGUACAUCAAAACUCACAAUACAUUACACACAUUGUAUAUUAAUACUUAAACCUUAUAUUUCUACUUUUUAUUUUACUUCUUUCCUAUAUCGUACUCCAUUUUCUCCUUAUCCUCCCUUUUCUUUCUUUUUUAUUAUCCUGGUUUAUCUUUUUUGAUUCUUUCUGCCCAAUCUAUUCAUCUUGAGCUUGAAUUAUAAUGAUUAUCUAUACCCUGCCCCAUUUGACAUUGAUUUAUAAUUUGUAAUUUUAUAUCUAUUAUUUUUGGCGGAUUAUUGGAUUUCCAGUUUUUGGCUAUAUGUAAUUUGCUUGCUAAUAAUGUAUGUAUUCUUAAAUCUCGCUUAUCUUUUUUGCCAACCUAUAUCAAGGAGAGCUGAUACAGAGGAGAACUCAAUUUUUUGUUGUUGUCCGUGCCUCUAUCCAUUUGAAAAUUAAAUCCCAUAUCUUACGUAUUUCUGGGCAUGACCACCAAAUAUGAAUGUAGUGUGCUCGUGUUUUUCCACAUCUCCAACACUCAGAAGAUCAUUUGGGUACAAUUAAAAAAAGUUUUAAUGGGUCGUAAUCCCAUCUGUUAACUAAUCUGUAAUGAACCUCUAUCAUGUUUAAACAGUGUAUAGCUUUGCUUACUUGGGUCAGCAUUUUGAACCAUUUUCACUGUUCUUUAUCUGUAACUUCUUAUUCCAGCUGUUUAUUGCAAUUAUUUCAAUUUGUUCUUGUGUACAUAAAGAAGUUAGGUACAUUGUUCUUGUUUCUUCAUUUAUCAUCUGGGUAAAUAGUUCUAAUUGAUCAGAUUGGUUAAUUAGUCUAUGUUUUUUCAUUUUUCCUAUUGGAAGAAUAAAAAAAUCUUUUUGUCCAUAUAUCUCUAUUGUAAACCGUUGCUUGUCAUCCAGUUCAUAGCCUUUAUUACAAAGUCAAAAGAUUCUUUUUUUUUUCUUCACAGUACUUUUUGAAUGAUAUUGAGACAAAAUUCCUGUGUAAGUGUGGGGGGGGGGGGAAAAAAAACUCCCAAAACAUGCAAUGCUAUUUUGGGUCCAGAUGUAUUGGUGCAGUCAUACUGCAAAAGAGAAAAUGUACCCCUCAAAAUUUACCAAUUCCUGUUUUAUUGUGUUUUAUACCCCACCUCCGCUUCUAAGCUUAUUUGAGCAAGGUCCUCUUCAACCUAUUGUUCCUUUAAGUUUUUGGAAUUGUCUAAUUUCUUGUCAAAUCUUAUAAAAUUGUAAAGCGCUAUAUAAAUGGCAAUAAUAAUAAUUUGCUGGGGUUUAGGUUUAUUAGCACACGCUGGAUGUUGUUUACUGGAUGAAUCAUUUAAGACGCAUGUUUUGAUGACAUAUUUCCUGAACAGGGAAUAAAUUAUAAGGCAUAUUGGUUUCUGAUGUAGUUUAUUCACUAAACAAAUAAUUUUGGGGAAAUAAAAAGGGAACUGGAACCGAUCUGGUCAGAUUGGUAACAUUCUCCCAAACUUCUGGCUUUCCAGUUUAACAAUUUUGGUCAAACACUUGCAGUUACUUUAUCAUGUUUAUAUAUUUCCAUUUAUGUACAGCGAAAAUAUUCCAAUCUCUUGUCAAUGUCUCAUUAUGCACAUAAAAUGGGAACCUGAGGUAAAAAAGAAAAACUAAUUUUCUGUGUAUUCGUAUGUUUAUUCUUUCAGUAGCUGGUUUCUGCCUGGCAAAAAUAGUCCCAUUAGAACCAGAUGGGCUGUGAAUAACAGUGUUUUCUUUUUUUUCUUGCUUUUAGGAAUUUGAAUUCCUGUAUUUCUCACUAAGCAGUGCAAGAAUAUUCUUUAGAGCCGACAAAACCGCCGCUGAAGAAAACCAGGAAAAGAAAGAGAAGGAAGGUUUGUAAAAACCUAAAAUCUACAUCUGUCCACAUACCAUGUGACCAUGGAAAGGGAGACGUAAUACAACCUGGUUUAUACACUUAUACUUAUUGCAACUCUCUUACACCAUACCUUCAUUGCUGUGUCAGGCUUGUGCAAACCAUAUAAGCAUAACAUCUGAAAAUACAAAAUAUCUACAAGUCUAGGAAAGAAACCAAACAUAGAGUAGCACAGUUUAAAUUAUCCACAAGGGAGAUAGUUCAUUAUUGCACUCACUAGAGAGUAAGGAUGUCAGGUACUUGAUCAUCUUGAAGAUUUCCUCAAUGUAAUGUGGAAUAUAUAUGUGGUAAAAGGACACGAAAUAUGUGGCAGUUUAUCAAAGGUAAGUAAACAAUUUAUUAGUAAAAACUUACAAUCAGGACAAUUCAUGCAAGCCCAUCAAUAAAACCAGAACACUUCGUCACUGGAUAUAAAGUGCUGGUGUGCAAAAGUUCUUACUGCUGAAAGUGCUAUUGCAGGCAGUCCUUAGGUAAGUAUAUUAAAAAUCCAAAAUGGAAAUAAAAUGAAAUAAUUUGCAGCUGAGCAGCCCUACGCGUUUCGUCUGGGUCACCAGACUUCCUCAGGGGUACAGUAUCUCAAUAGAUAGUGUCCAAACACAAUAUCCACAUACAUAUCUUGUAAGUGUUUUUACCGGGUCGCCGUCAGCCAAUCCCCGUUGAAGAAAUCAGCUGGAAAGAAUUAAUUCCGCACUCAGCUCCGUAGUGGAACGCAAAUGCAUUCCACUUAAGUCAUCACUGUGUGUCUAUCAAGCCAGUCAUUUUUUCUACGUCCAUCUUCAUAUUGGAACGCAUGUGUGGUCCACUGGUAACUUUAUUACGUAGUUACAUAGCUGAAAAGAGACUUGCCUCCAUCAAGUUCAGCCUUCCUAACAUAUUUUUUUCCUGUUGAUCCAAAAGAAGGCAAAAAACCCAGUCUGAAGUGCUUCCAAUUUUGCAACAAACUGGGAAAAAAUUCCUCCUUGACCCCAAAAUGGCAGUCAGAUAUCUCCUUGGAUCAAGCAGCUAUUACCCCGCUAAUUAGACGUUCUAUCCCUGUAUGUUAUGUUUUUGGAAGUAUUUAUCCAAUUGCUGUUUAAGCGCCUGUAUGGACUCUGAUAAAACCACCUCUUCAGGCAGAGAAUUUCAUAUCCUUCUUUGCCUUAGAUGAAAUCUCCUUUCUUCCAGCCUAAAUGUGUGACCUCGUGUCCCAUGUAUAGAGCCCUCUUCAUGAAUAGAUUUCCAGAUAAUGGUUUGUACUGGCCCCGAAUAUAUUUGUAUAAUGUUAUCAUAUCCCCUCUGAGGCGCCGUUUUUCCAAACUAAAGAGAUUUAUAUUUUUUUAACAUUUCUUCGUAACUACAAUGUUCCAUUCCUUUUAUCAAUUUUGUAGCUCGUCUCUGCACUUUUUCCAGUGCUGUGAUAUCCUUCUUUAGAACAGGUGCCCAAAAUUGCCCAUCAUAUUCAAGGUAUGGUCUUACCAGCGAUUUAUAAAGAGGUAAAAUAUUAUCAUCCCGAGAAUUUAUGACUCUAUUUAUACAUGACAAAACUUUACUGGCAUUAGCAACUGCAGAUUGACAUUGCAUAUUGCUGCUUAAUUUGUUGCCUAUAACAAUUCCCAAAUCCUUCUUAUGUCUUCUUAUCCCUAAUUCACUACCAUUUAGGGUGUAAGUUGCUUGUGCAUUCUUGACCCCAAAGCAUUUCUCUACGUUAAAUUUUAUCUGCCAUUUUAGUGCCCAGUAAUUUCCAAAACUGAAACUAGGGCACUUGUUACAAUGUCGAGGCAAAGAAUGUGUUUCAACCUUUUUUCCUUUCAUUUAUUUAACCAUAGUGGUUUUUUAAACUGUCAUUUGUGGGUGUGUGGUGUGUUACCAAGCAUAACAUCUGGCCAGUCUUUUGGUUAACUGGAGGUGCGGCAGCCAUUUUUUGAUGUAUACCGUGUAUGUGAACAUGCAAUUGCUGCUGGUUAAUAGGUGUACUUUCUUACAAUGUAUACCCGCCAUUAAAACCUGUCUGGCAAUCCUCGUAUGUUAGUGUAACACCCAUUCAGGGACAUUAUCGGUAAUAAGAAAAGCAGCCCUCUGUGUCACCUUAGUCUAUAACCAGUUCCUAAUUAGCGCUAUUAAAUGCCUUUUGUAGGGAUAUUGUGCUAAAAUGGACCAAAAAAAGCAAUUGGCUCAAAGCUAUGCUAUGAAAUCAUUUCAACCGAUAGCUUGUGAAAAUUAUGUUAAGAGAACUACAAUUUCCAAGGACCUUUUAAAAACCUCUCUGGUUUUUUUUUUGGUCUGGCAAAGAUUGUGUUGCAGUUCUCUUAACCGAUUCAUUAUUUAAAGGAACACUUGCAGGGUUAAGGGAACCGGGGCACUGUACUUACACCACUUCAUUGAGAGCGUAGAAAACCAUGAAUAUUUAAUACAAAUCUCUUUGAUCCGGGGAAAGGGAAAAUAAUAAUAUAAGAACAGAGAGGAGAUACAUAUGGGGGACGACGGUAGAUUGGGGAACCAAAAGAAGAGAACAAGCUCACCCAGUAGGGUCAUCCAUCAGCUGUCAUUUUUGGUUUUCAAUAGGUGUUAACAAUCUUUCUCUAAAUACACGGCUUGUGAUAACAUUUCUGUAUUUUUCUCUUUUAAAGAAACGUCGAAACUGAGCACUGGAAACCUUCCAAGUAAUUCUACAUCCUCAGACUCUGUCAUGAAAUGAAGAUACCCAAUAGAAUUAAAUAGAAACUAUUCAUACACCAUGCGGUUCUAGUGUUCUCAUCUCAGAGACCUGAAGGAUUUUCUUUUCAUCCAUUGGGUUACCUUUCAGAAAACUGGAAAAUGGACAAUGCACUUCACUCGUGACACCCGAGCACCCUGAUCCAACUGGAUCGAAAGAAAAUGGAAAUUAAGACGUCUGUGAGUGGACUGAAAAGAAUGCUUGCACAAUAUAUAAUGAAGGAAAACCAUGAUCGGCGAUUGUGUGAAUAGAUGCAAAAAUAUGUUUGAACAGAGAAUGUUCUGGAUCAGUAUCCAGAGCUUAGAUAAAACAAAACUGGAGGUAGUUUGAGAAACAAAAGAAUUACACAGAUGCAUAUUUUUAGUUAUUGUAAAUUGACAAACCAACGUUUGAUGACCGGAUGGAUGAUCUGAGUGUGUAUAGAUGUAUAAAGGCACACUUUUGUUUUGUACAUCACUUGAGUAUUGUACAUGUCCUAACAACAAAUGUAAAAAUGUAUAAAAUAUACAUUAAUUCAAACUGUCAGGUGUCCGUUCUUAUCUAACUGCCUGCAUACAUAGAGGGCAUAUGUAAUAGAUAAGGGAGCCGAUUAUACGUGUAACAGAUGCAAUAUAUUCUCUUAUUACGUCCACUCCCUUUAUUUUAUAGGAAAACCAAGAUCAUCUUUAUUUUCUUUUAGUUUACAUAAUAAAAACGGAAAUUAUAUAAACCGUUAUUGGGAAAAUAAAAAAGAUAUGUGUGUAUAUAUAGGUUAAAAUUUGUCCAUUUGUAGGGAAGUGAAGCAGAGCAACAAGCUUUUCUGCCAGCACGUCAUGUGUUAACAUGGUAUUCUCAGUUAUUCUCUAAAUGGAGAAUAGAUCAAGAAAUUGCAGGCUUUGGAGAAAUUCAAAUUCUGAUAUUUUGUCUUAAGAUUUUCACAUUCCUCCCAAUUCCUGGUUUAGUGAAUAAACCCGAUUAGUGUCAGACUUGUAUUGACUGCCCUCCUCGUACUAUUUUCAUAUUGGGGUGAGCAGCUUUCAGUCAUUGAACUAAGCACUCUCAUUGGCUGUCUUAGAAAUAGCUAUGAUUUCUGUUUGCUUCCUUCAGCUCUGUGACUGGCUGAUACUACACCAAACACAGCUUCUAAUGUUUAUCAGGAGGAUCGUGAAUUGCACAGUCUCUAUAUCCAGGUCUUCGUAUUAGUGAGUCUGUAAAUUCUGGGGGGGGAAAUAGUUAAAGAAACACUCCAUUUAAAUUUUAUUUUUGAAAUUUUUUUUUUUUUUUUUUUAUUGGUUUGAUCCUUUAGAUUAUUUGCUCCGAUUGCAAUUCUGCACUGAAAGGAUAAAAAUAUGGUAAACUCAUGUUUAUAUUAGAGGUGCAUAGGGGUAUACCAACGAUGUUUCUUCUAGGGAAGCAUUGAAACUAAUGCAUCUCUCUGAGAACGAAUUCAAACCUGAGUGAGGCAGGACACUCUCCUAGCACUCUGUUUUACAGGUUGGGGGUGUUACUAAAGGAAUUCAUAAAAGUGCAUAUUUCUCUUGAAAUUGGCACUUUUCUCAAAUAGCCUAUAGGGACAUGAUGGAGUGCCUUGUAGGUGUCCCUUUAAUGGAAAAUGCUCUUUCUACAAAGUUUUAAUUGGGUUGGUGGUAGCUAUUAUCUAUUUCAAUUAACCUUGGAUUAAAAUAUGUGAAAUAAUAAAAAUAAAUCUGGAAGUGUAUUAUUUUAGUUUGCUAGGUUUAAACAUUAGUGUGAAGAGUGUGCUAAACCUUAAUUGAGAUAAUCACAUGCUAAUCUGAAACGGAUCACCCUCAGUAGUGAGUUAAAAAUAAUUAUUUUAGUCAGAAUUGUGUAGAAUUGAUGUACAAAUUGCACAUUUUAAAACCAAGCUACCCGAGGCCGAAAAUGUAAGGAUUUGAACAAUUAUCCUCAAUCUAAUAGAGACGGACCUCUAAAACUGCCUUUUCAACUGUCCACGUUUAGUUUUUUUUAAUUUUCUUUUGUUCCAUGAUGUGUGCAGUUGUAUAUUCAGGUUGAUCUAUUUUUACUUGCAAUUUCAACAAUUCUUUUUGCUACUAAUUCAUUUUUAUUUGAUCACAUUGCUGGUACUUUAAACCAGUCCUCCUCAACCCUCUCCUCAAGGCACUUCCAACGGUCCAGGAUUUAGGGAUUUAUUUUUUUACACCUUAGACACAGUCAGGUAAUCCCUAAAUCUUGGACUGUUACGUGUGCCUUGAGGAAAGGUUUGAGGAGGACUGCUUUAACCCCUUAAGGACACAUGACGUGGGACAUGUCAUGAUUCCCUUUUAUUCGAGAAGUUUGGUCCUUAAGGGGUUAAACCAUACUGCUCAGUGUGUCAGUAACACAAUUCACAAAUAAACUAACCCAAAUGUGCGUACUUACAGUAUGACUUAUGAAAUCAAGCUGCCUUCUUUCCAAGCUGAACAGGUUAUGCAACUCUUGUCCACGUGAUACUGCGUGAUCUGAGCUGGCACAUCGUAUAAUGCACGUUUUCUUUUUUUUUUUUUUUUUUAAUCAUGCAUCCCAAGUCUAUCAUUCAAUCACAAAGUGCAGAAAAUUGUUAUUGUGUUAUGUGAACAGUGCUUUAUUUAGUGUAGUGUGAAUGAGUCCUAAUGGCUGUAUAGGACUAACAUAAGACAUUUAUUUUCCAUCUAUGUCCUGCUCUGUUUUUAUUGACAAUAGAAUGUGCAGUACAUUGUAAAUUAACUUAAUGUCAUUGUAUACUGAUUCCAACUACUAUAAUGGCUCUUCAAACCUUACAAAUUCGCACAUUUCCAAGUUUAGCGCAUAACCAGAAAUUGUGUGUUUCAUGUGGAUUUAAUUGUAAAAAUGUAUUCUUUUUCCUCUCUGUGCUGGCCACUGUCAGUAACUUGCUGUAUGAGCGACAUACUAUAGCCUUCAUGGGGGUACGUCUAGGGCCAAAAAUGCCCCCGAUGUAUAAGGCAUUCCAUUGGUCCUAUAGGAGUGCUUUUAUUUGCUCUCGUGAUUUGAAAUUUCUUUGUUUAAAAUAGUUGAAUUAGGAGGAGGCGGGGGAGGGGAAUCUAUAAUUCACCUUCUUCAUGAAUGUGACUAUUCUGGCCUACAAUUUGCAGUUUAUUGUUUAGUCCUCCACAAUUCACUCACUAAAGAGAGAACUGUCAAGAAUUCUAAUUUUAUUACAAACUAGAAAAGUUCUCGAAGUCCGUUAUGCUUCUAGUAUGGCUUUUUUUUUUUUUUUUUUUUAACUUAAUUUUGAAAAUCACAUUGACUUUAUGUCAAUUCUCGCUUUGUUGGAUAACCUUGCUUGGGAAUACCCCCCAUUGCCUCUCUUUACUUUUCUAUGUACCCAUUGCUGGAUCCGUUGUGUCCAUCCUGCCCAUAUUCUGUGAAUUAAUCAUGCCCAGUAUAAGUAGAAAUUAUGAAUAUUUGUUAAUAUCUGAAUAAGAGGUCAGGACGAUAGCUAUAAAAAAGGAAUGAUAAAUCCCCAUGUGUUGGAAAUGAUACUGUGAUGUUAAUAUUUUCUUUGUAUUGCAUUAUUUUGGGAAUAGAACUGUAAAGCAACCGUUAUACACAAUGUACUUAUUUACCACUGAUGGCCAGCCCAGCUUUUGCAGAACUAUACUUGCAAUGAAGCAUCAGCUAGAGGACACCCUUCAAUAUCCAGUACAUCCCCACCCCCCUAUACACUCUGCUCUGUACACAGUGCAUUCUCUGUCUAACCAUAGAACAAUGUGGUCUAAUGCAGAGUUAAUGGUUAAAGGGAGAAGAACCGAUUUAAAAGGUUAAAACAAACCUCAUUCCAUAUUAACAAAAAAAAUAAAAAAAAUGUUUUUGACUUGUUCAUCAGUGCUUAUUAAGACUGUUUGACUUUCUCAGGUAUGAUGGACCAAAUGUAACAUUUGUAUGCUAAUGGAAACAUUUUUCUAGAGAUGUUAUUUAUUAAUAUCACUUAUUCUUCAAUCCUAUGUUUCAAACAAAUUUACAUCUAAAAUAACACUAAUAAAUACUACUC